AGGAGUCCUCAAAAGACAGUUAAUACACCUGGUGAUUUGGGUAAGCCCCAAGGAACAGGGGCCCAUGCUUCCAGAAACGUUCUAAUAAAUAUGAAGUUAUUAUUGGUCGGCAUUUGUAGUUAUGAUUGUUUUGGCAGUGAACACAUAACUGAAAGACAGCUUUAUAAGUUUGGGGGCACGGUUGGCUUUGUGGUUAAAAUUUUUGCCCCAUGCACAAAGCUUUGCAGCUCCCCCCAGCUCAGCAGAGUCAGUGUAAGGGUUGGGUAGAUAGGCAAUAAUCAUAUUGUGAUGAGCAAAUUGUACUUUUUCUUUUAAAAAAGUACCAUGUAAAUGUUCCAAGAUGAUAAAUGGCUUAAUACUUGGUGUAAUCCAGUGAAUGUAAGAUCGUAAAAUAAUGCCCUCUGAGCUGUGUUAUGUGUGGUGCUGUCCAUGGUGCUGAUGUCCUUGUUAGUGACUUUGGGCUCUAUUUUCGUGUACGCCGGUGAGGCAGCGGAUACAAACAUUGUAGUCUAUUUUUCAUUUUACAUUUGUUUUAGCCAGUAUUGAACUGUCAUUCAUCAGGUGGAUAAACACGACCCUAUAUGAAUGCUACUUUCACUGUAUUUGGUUUCUGGAAAUGUAAAUUGACAACUUGGUUCAGUAAUCCAUCACCAGAACAACUUUAUAGGUGAUAAUAUGUCAAUAAAAGACGAUAAAUUGAUAUAAAAAACGUGAAAAUCCCUCAAAAAUCUAAUCUAAUAUCAAUGAGCAAAUCAAAAAAACUCAAGUCCUUUCUUUUUACUGGAGUCACAUGGGCAUUUGCAAUCUUCACAGGUCUGUAUAAGGAUUGGAUCAGACAGCUGCAGCUUAUUAGAGCACCCCAGCAGCUAUUUGCAGCUAGCCCAUCCUAAAAGUAGGAAUAAGGAACUCAUUAUUUCAGUUCUGUGAUCCUUACACUGGAUUCUCGUGAGUCAGGAGAUAGAGUAUUGUAGAUACUAAUGUCGGCUUCUGAGGCACUGAAUGAAUAAUCUGCUGCACCGAGAAGUGUCCAGGCUGCUCAGAUUUUUAUGGAAUAAUCUACUUAAUGUUCCUGGAGUCAAAACUAAACAUAGCAAAGGAGCAUUCAAUUUUUAAAGAGCAGAUAUCUGGAGCUCUCUAACCCUGAGAAACCUGGAGGUCUGCUCCAUCUUUCACUUCAUUUAUUUUAAACCCCAGUUUUUACAUCUCUGUGAAAUUGCCUUGUUUCUAAAUCAAAUAUCAGCUCUUAAUGCCCUUUAUUAUGUGAACCACUUUGGGCAAUAUUGGUUUAAAAGGCGCUUUACAACUAGGGAUUCCUGCAGGAAUAUUUGGAGAGCUUGUUGUUGUCAAGCUUUCUUAACACAUCCCUCUCUCUUACAGCGUGUACAUAUGAUUGCUUCAUUGCAUUGGAGGAGGAAAUGCUCUAAGAAUCAGGAGAUGAGAUUUUCUUCCUCCUGUGAGGAGGUGAAUAAAAUGAUUUUGCCCACUUUUUGGAUCAAUUCCAGUUCCAGGGUUCUGAUGAAUUGGAACACACAUUUUUAAGCACACGCACACAAACACACACACAAGCACAUGGAGGAAUAAAUGUGUUUAAGCAGUGCAGCUUGAUGUGAGAAAGUGUUGGCUUCAUGUGUGUGACUGUUGUGUGUGUCGUGCUUGGCAACAGAGGCUGACAAAUUAGCCUUUAAUAAGGCGAGGUAAUGAGCAAAUUGAAGCUCUGCCAUAAUUCUCCCGCAUCUGUCUGAUCUGCAAAGCAAUGUUCUGCUCGGGCUGGAAAAUCAGCACAGCUCACACAGUUACUGCAGCAAUGUCCCCCCAAUAUCAGAUUUCGCUGAGAAGUAAGCGAACCUUCUGAAAUUACCAAGGUAAGGCAUCACUUCACUGCACACAACACCGCAGGAGAAAAAGCAGAGUCUGCACUUCUGGCCCUGUUAAGAGUCAGGUAUUGUUAUGGAAAUGAGAACUUAAUGUAUGUCACUUGCAGAGCAACAGAAAUGAGAAUGGAUCUCCUUUUCCUGGGGGGCAAUAGAGAAAAAGGCCAAAUGAUAAUCACACCUUAAAAUACUACCAUUUGGCACAGAUUUCACUCUGUACAAAGACUUCAGACGUCCCAUGAAAGAUCCAAAUAUAUUCACUCAAAUAGUUUUAGCUAUCUUGCAUGUUUUAGAGGGGAACUUUGAUAUUUUUCAACCUGGGCCCUAUUUUCUCCUGUGUUCAGUAUUGAGGGAGAGCAGAACAGCUGGCAGCCACAAAAUGAGUUAAAAUGUCUUCUGACCGGGCAAUAAUGCAUUUGUCAAACUGUGUCCACUACAAGUGCUUUAUUUUAGACAGGCUCAGAUUGUUAAUAAGGCCCUGCUUGAAAAAAAAAGUUCCCCUUCAAGCUAGUUUCUAGUUGGUAGGAUUUGUAAGACUGAUGUGAGAUGAAGUUUAGACGAAGGGAAAGCCUCUAGAUAUAAGAGGGCAAGCCACUGAAGAGGUGCUUUAAACCCAACAGGGGACAACUCUGCUGGCUGCACAUCCACUUAUGUAUGUCCCCUUAUGUAGUCACUUGACUUUGGGAAACAACAUCACUUGACCAGCACUCUUCCAAUAUAACUAAACAGAAUACAAUUGAAAAUAUCUUCAUCUUUAAAUUAAAGGAUGCAGGUUAUCCAACAAUAAUUUUCAAUCUUGUCUGAUCACUUAAAGACAGUAAAGAGUUUAAAAACUUUGCACGAAAGUGAUUUAAAAUAUGGUGAUAUGUUUUUACCAUUUCUGGCUCUUUGCAUAAAAGCAAAAACAAGCCAAAUUGACAUCAAACUUAAUUCAGCAGAUAAUUUGAAACAAUUUAUAUCUCCCACUCUUUUCUAACAGGGACACAUUUAUGUUCCCUCGCUCUCAUCUCUUCUACAAGCCUCUUCUCGUCUUGUAUUUCAUCUGCUCAAGGUGCAUUCAAGGGGGCUGAAAGAUCCCCAGUCAUGGAGGGGGAAUAAUUUUCAGGUCACUGGAGGCGAUGAUUUAAGGAAGCAUUAGUUUGCAUAAUGAAAGGCGUGCUAUGUUCGUUUGAUGUGCACCCACGUGUUUCAGCUCCUUCUACUCACUAAGGCAAGAUUUUAGCUUCACUUUCAUUGACAAACUAUCAUUUUGAGAAGGAGAGAAAGUUUUUCUGUUUGGUUUUAUUUUCACAAACUUGUAAGUGGACUUUUCUUGUUAAAUAUUCAAAGUCCAAGGUAUAUAAUGAUAAUAAAAAAACUGUUGCAAUAUACCUGUUUUUAAGUUAAUAUUUUUGUUCAUGAUUGGUAGGAUUCCUAAUAAAGACUUUUUUUUUCAAAUCUGAUAAUGGUAGACAGAAUGAUUUAGGAAGUGCACAGGUUGAUCUGGGGAACUUUGGAUCUUGGCAAUAUUUUUUAUCAUUUUGAAUUUAUAGAUCUGCUGAAUUUAAAAAGAUCUGCUCAACUUAUAGGAGCCAUAGGGAUAUAAGUGGAGAUUUCUCCUUGAGGGCUCUGCCAGCUGGGUAGCAUAUUAGCCACUCCAGCUGCACUGUGGAGUCUGGGAUUUUGUCAUUCAGCCACGUUUCUGUGAAAACAAAAACACAGCAGUUGCUCACCUCACACUGGGCAGACCUUAGCAGUCAUACGUGAUCCACUCCUGCCAAUGUCUAAUAAAAACUGGCAGCUGCACUUGUGUUCACAGAUAGACAAGACGAACAUUUUAAACUUUCAAGCAAAAAAACAGUCAUUCGUAGAUGAAAACACCAGUGGACCUUCUAAUUGGUUACCACUGUAACAUGCCUUCACAACACAACUUUGUAACCUCUCAAGUUUCAUUUGAAGGCAGCAUGAAACUUGACCUAAUCUGAAAAAGAGGAGGCACUGUGUAGAUUCUUUAUAUUGGAAAAUACAAGAACAAUUAUUAUAUUUUUGUUGUCUUUUCUCCAUGUCCUGAUUCUCCUUGUCUUGUUUUCUCCUCUGUUUUCUUUGAUACCAGCCCUCUUCUCAGAGCAGUGACAUUCAGGGUAUGAAGAAAAUCAAGAUUCACCACUUUGAUUCUCACGCCUGUCAGCAUAAUGAUCAAGCAGAGGAGUCUCAAAAUGUCUGAGCUUUUUCUGCUGCAAAUGAGCCGCAAGACUUGAGAGGUAGAGAGGUUUCUAAUGGAAACAAGCAUCCAGUGAAGGACAUCUUAAUUUCAGCAAAACAGCAGUGAGGCAUUUGUUACAGCAACCCAGAGGACCACCUUGCAUUGUGCUGACCCUGGAUGAUUAACCUACCUGUCUGAGCCCCAAUCUGUUCUCCCAACCAUGUUCAGUAUCCACACUUCUUCCCAAUUUUCUUAUCUAAUCUUGAUUAAAACUUUAGGAAAUGUUUGGCACUACUUUUUUCUUAGAGGAUAACAAGGACCAGCUCAUGGGCUGUUAUAAGGUACCAUCUGAGAGACCGUUGCAAGUGAUGAGACUCCCACAGAAACACUGCAUUUGCACAGCAUUUACAUGCGUUUGCAGCGAGCCACCAAGGGAUUAGAACGCCAUUACGGCCCUUAAUGAUUUCACCAGAAGCCUCUUUCUGAGUAAAGGAUAGAGAGGGGGAAAUGGAGGGCGCGGUAAUCAAGCAGUAACACUGUUUACACUGAGAUGUUGAGGAUGCUGUACAAACUUAGCAAGUGAACCAUGUGAAUUGCUCAACCAGCACAUGUUCCAGAAACGUGACAUGCUCUAUAUAGUGCUCUUCCUCAAGGUCCUCAGGCUAAAUGCUAUAGGUCAACCUACAUUUCUUUCAUGUAUAGCAUAUGUUGAGUCCCUAAUGGAAUAUAUGCAGCUGCAAAUUAGCAACCAACCUGGGUGUUUGCUGUUUGGAGAUUUUUCUUACAUCAACUGUGAAGCAGCGACAGAAACUUUGUAUUUUUACCAAAUGUUCAUCCAGUUGUGAGAAAACCUUUGAGCUAUCCUUAACAUUACCAAAAUCUAUAAAAACAUGACAUGACACGAAUUUUCAAGACAACAUUAGUGCUCCCAAGAGGAUGAACCCUUUUCAUCUGAACUAUUCCCAAGACCACUACUGGGGUAACCCAAACCCUAUGGCAGCUUGAAAAGUAGACACAAUGUGAAAUUAAAUGCCACAGGAAAUGCUGUUUUUUUACAACGUCACAUUUUUGCUGGAAGUGAUUCUCAUGUAUGUUUUAGUGAAGAGUGCUGAUCAGCCAUAACAUAAUGACCACCUGUUUGAUAUCACCCCCUUCAUCAGCUCAGGACCAAAAAAGUCCUGACAUGUUGAGACAUGGAUUCCACUUGACCUCUCAGUGUUUUGUAGUAUAGUGAUGGGCACAGCAGUUCUUUUAGAUGUACUGAAUCACUAGAAUCAGUUCAUUAAAAAGAUUCUUUCAAUAGAUUCAUUCACUGAAACAUUCAGCGCAUGGCGGGAGGAGCCUGCGACUCCGACUUUCUGAACUGAUAUACAGCUGAAUGAAUCAGGAUUCAGUUUAGAUCAUAUUCUCCCUCCGCCACUCCUGUCAAGAGCUUGCUACAGCCAGUGAGUCUCACUCUCUCCUCAUUACUUCCAGCCUAAUGUUUCAAGUUUUUUUUAAUUGGGACUCAAUCUGUUAAAACAAUGGGGAGCAACUGUCGCCAUGAAAGUGUAUCCCUCGGACGAAAAUGAUUCCAGAGAGUGUAGUUCACCAUGUGAUUCGUUCACCAAGUGAUUCAGGCGUCGGCACAAGCAGUCCCUGGCUCGCUGGCUGCUCACCUAGCAAUGCUACAUGCUAUGUCAGCUGCGCUGCUUACAGCUCAACUGCUGUGAGAAAUGAACAAGUCACUUGAGGAAGUGAUUCAGUUCAGUACGUUCACUUUAAAGAUUUGGUUCUUUUGAAUGAAUCAUUGGCUAAAGACACAAAACUACUGUAGUAUCUGGCAUGAAGACUGAAGCAGCUGUUCCCCCAAGUCCAGGAGGUGUGAAGUAGGGCUUUUGUAGACUGCGACUAAUUUCCUGUACAUCCCAUAGAUGUUUGAUUGGGUUGAAACACUUUAAAAACACUGUUCACUGGUUUGUCUUCCUAUGACCACUUCUGCUAAGCACUACCCACUGCAGACUGGUAACAGUGACAAGUUAUGACGUCUAACCACAACCAUCUUGGUCUUUGUCGAAGUUACUCAGAUUCGUACAUUCUCCCAUUUUUCUGGACUUGUUCCCCUGCAGGUCUUCUGUGGAGGUAAUCACUGAUAUUCACUCUAUCUGUCACUGGUAGAUUAAGGGCAGAUUGGUGUAUUCAGGCAAGUGGGAACAUGUGCAAAUGCCAAAACAAGUAAACAAAUUCUUUUGUGACUGGUUGCAGCUGCUGACAGGUGGUGCAGGGGGUGAAUAAGCAUUACCUUUUUCCUCCAAAUGUCUGAUGAAUGAACACAUGAUUAUCUGGAUCAGUGAAACUAUAAGAAAGACAUUUUUCCAUGAAAAGUUCAAACAUCAGAUGGUGUUAACUCUGCACAAGCUUGUAAUCAUGUUGAGAUUGUCCUCAUGGCUAUUUUUAUUUACUGUAAGUCAUCAUUUUCACCAAUAAUAACACGUGCAAAAAUACAACAGAGAGCAAAAAUCAGUAAAAUGUCAGGACUUAUGAAGGAGAAUUAUUUUACAUAUUGUUACUGUUAAAAAAAAAAAAAAUACAUUUGGCAGCUUCUAUGGGUCACUAACGGUAAUCUGCAAGUGCGUUUAAAUGGAUAAUUAUGUUGAUGAAUACAUAGGUAAUUGAGGGACUCGUGGUUAUAAAAUUUGAUUGGUUGUGAAAUACUUUUCAAUUCUUUAUUAUUCAAUCACUUUAAAAACAUCUACAAAAGCUCUGGCGUUGGAUUACAUACAAAAACUAGAUCAUAAGUACAAAACAAGAUAAACUAAACAUGUCCCCAAAUGACCUACAGCCAGUCAAAUGAAAAAAGUGUAGCUUCCCCAUCUCUGAAUCCCUCUUCUUGCUUUGCUGUGACUCUCUUUUCUAGUUCUUUGACUGUGAUUAACAUCUAUGUACUGGAGCUACAAUGUCACAAUAUUUGAGUGCAUAUCGCUGAAUAUUAAUCAAUUAAUUGUAGCCUCAGAAAUCCCAUUUUCGACGAAAACUGACUCUUUUAUGUUUUGAAAUAAAAGGUUCAUAUCAGCCACAUACAGACAGACUAGGAUGCUUAUCUGUUUCACUUUGAGACUCACUUAUUCAGUGUAUUCAUUUAGAGCUUGUCCAUUUCCUCUGAUGGAUGUUGGCGUGACAGAAAGAGACCAGAUAAGAGACCAGACUGAAAGCUUUUCUGGAAAGCAGAUCCAGGGUCAGGCCUCUGAUGCUUUAAAGGUUAUGUUGUCUAUUUGACUAGAUUAUUGAAUAUCUCCUCUGCAGUUGUAUCCUUCUGAUAGGGCAGAUGGGAAAUAUUUCGGUCAAAUGCCAUUAGUGCUGGGAUCUCACUAAUUGUGGUUGGCUUGGUCCUGAAAUAGGAGAAUCAGAAAACCAUUCAAGUGCUCCUAGAAAUCAUAAGGGAGGUGCUAAAAUGUGCAUCUUUAUAAAAACUGUCUUUUUGGGCUCACUAAAUAAGUCUUAAUAAAUGGAUCCUGACGUUAUGUGCAUUAAGUGCACUGCAAAGUGUAUUCCUGAGGGUGCAAAUCACAAAAAUUAUGGUUUUUGAAGCCAGGGUGGAAAGUGACAAAAAAGGGAGAGGAGGGAGGAUGAAAGAGGCGACAGGGGGAAGGUGGCGGCUGAGUGGAAGGGGUGGGGGUGGUGAAUUUGUUAUGUUUGCUAUUGCCUAUUGCCUAAUCCCCGGCAGAAUCACACAGAAACACCAUCUGUCACCAUUCACAUUCGGUGUCAGCUACAUGGACUAGACUGCUGAGUAUAAUGGUGGUUUUCUUGUUAAACUGGCGGGUAUUGGUUAGGAAUACUGGGGUGAUGGGGGGUUAGGACACCUCCUACUGCCUGAGGUCUGUUCAGAGCGUACGGGGUCUGUCUCUCAAGCCUGGGAGGAGGAUGAGGGGCGGGGGAGGUGGGGGGUUCUGAUUUGCCGAGCAGCAUCAGCAGCACUCUGAUGGUUUGGUGCGCUCAGAGAGAGGGAAUGGGGAGGGUGCAGAGGGAGAGACGGAGAGAAACACAGUGAUGCGGUGACACAUGGCUGACUGUACUGCCUGCACGCUCUGACUGCGGCUCCGACUUUCCAUUCAUCAGGAAACAGGAGAGGUUGGACAUAGGGGGGUAUGCUGAGAGAAGCUGCUGGGAAGCUGGAGGCUGCUGCAACGACUGACCAGGAUCAAGUGCAAACAAACAAGCUCUGAAGACACCGGGGACAAUACAGACUGCUGCUCGGAUAGCUUGCUGAUCACACUGCCUCUUGGUAAGACAGAUUCUGGCUCCACCUGUCACUACCUGCAGUGUUGUUGCUUGAGCUGCUCAUGUAAUGGUCCAUCAAUCACAGUGCAGCAACAAUUGUUUCCAUUGAGGCAUUUCCAUCUGCAAGUCACUGUGCUUACUCUACCUUUGCAUUUUGUUCUUUACAUAUCACAAAACAAAAGGAUUUCUAAAAAUGUUCAUUUUUGGGUUGGAUUAAAAUGCUUUGUAUUGAUUUAGACUGCUAAUCUUAACCAUUUUAUGGGCCUGUGUGGACAGCUAGCCUACUCAAGGUGACAUUCAUUAUGUGAAGUUUGGAACAUUUUGUGUUAAACUUUAUACCUAAAUCAGAUAAUAAGCUACAGCUGUGUAAAUUUAUCAAAAAAUUGCUUUUAACAAGUUUUAACAAAGCAAACUUUUCUUUUUUUAUUCAGUUAGACUGAAUAAGUGACAUAACCACAACCCUAACCAUUUUUGUUGUUGAAUGGCAAUUUGUCCCUCACUGAUAUUGACAUGAGUAAAUCAGAAACAUUAAGAUUAUUUUAGUGUUAUACUUCAAACUUUUUAUGUAAAUGUUGCAAAUACAUCAAAAAGAUGUACAGGUUAACAUUGUUUCAAAAUAAAAGUAGAUAUAGCUCAUAAUGCCAUUACUGUUGUAAAUCAAUUUCAUGCCAAACUUUCGCUUUGUACGAAUAACUGACAAUCUGCAAUUCUUAUCCUUUUGUUAAGAUGUCUAAAAUUUCAGUAACAUUUUUAUUUGUCAUUUUUUAACGUUAUUAGUCGAAUAAUAUGCCAUAAACUAUGCCUACUAUGCCUAUGCCUUUUAAAAAUGCGUAUUCAUACUCGUCUUUCCUACUCUAAAAUUACAUUAUUGGUGUAUAUAUUUAAUUUUGUAUGAUAUGCUACGAGCGUUAUUUUCUGACACGCGGUUUCUCUUUCAAUGUUAUGGCCGUUGACUGAAGUGCCUGAAGAUUUUUAUCCCUUCCGAGCCGCCGUAGCGAUGGGAGAUAACAUGUCAAAGCGGCUGAAGCUGAUCUCGGCUACAGAGGCGGAGAUGGAGGAGCGCUCUUUCCCAAACCCAUACCCCGACCUGGAGCAAGGAGUCCUCACCUCCAACUCAGGAGCAGAUGUGGAUUACAAUGAGCCCUUUGAUGCCGAUGGCAAGGUGAGCUGUUUUGCUUUUACAGUAUAUUUUUAAUAACUUCCUUUCGUGCUAAUAAAUAGAGCUAACUUGGCCCAGUAUUGCACUUUAUGUCGCAGUAUCCGUCACUAUUUGAAUUGUGCGUACCUAUUAAGUAAUUCGGGUGUAUGUAUGAUGUUUUAGUGGUAUUUCUGUAGGUGGUGGGCUAAGCCUAACCGAGCUUUGCAGCAUUAUCAGGACACUGGUUGGACUAUCCCUCACUCUCACUUGCUGCUAAAGCAUGUAAGUAGAGAGUACUAGUGUUUGGUAUAGUAGUCAAGUCCACCAACAGGAGGGGGGCAUUCGUCCCGGUCCCUGGGUCGGGGGGCAGAACUGGGCUCUCUGACUACUGGGAGAUGUUCAAAAUGUAUUCGAAUAGAUUCUCAAAUAAACAUCCUCUUUUUUGUUUAUAGUUUUCAUUAAAAUAGCGGUCAAAAACAAUGUGCUCCAUCUCAACGUCCCCCCCUGUAAAAAUGGUAUGGCCUAUCAUGUACCCUAUUCAUGGUCCACGUUAACACAAGCAAAACAAACAACAAACACAAUAAAUACACGAUUCAAUCAAAUUAAUUAAAAAAAGAAAUCAGAAACUAGAGACUGAGGAAUUGAGGAAACACUAUCAUGAGUUCAUGAGGAAACACUAGAGGUAAACUUGAUAAAACCUGAGAGGAAAAACAAAAAUAAAACUACUGCUUGACAACACCUACAAAUCAGCUAAGAAAUAAUCAAAUUAAUAUAAGACAUACAGUUGAUAAAAAUGACAAAUUCAUAACAAAUGGUUAAAAGCCAGAUUAAAAAGGCAAAGCUUGACUCAGUUCUCUCUUUGGUCUUUAAGGUCCUUUCACACCAGGACCGUUUUUAUCUGCGAUUAUUUCGGAUGUCAAUAUUUGUUUUUCGAACCCGUAUCCUGUUAAUACAAGCGUUCACAUCAGCAACAUUUUCCUGUUCUGCGAUAUUGCGGCGUUUAUUUUUUCAGAUCAUGGUCAAUUUUUCUAAAGUUUUGCAUACUGUGUGUCCACUUUUGACCAAUCAGAUUGCGUGUUUUUGCAACGUCAGAUUCACCAGAUCCAACAUGGCCGACCAGCUGAUUGUGUAUAAUUGUUCACACACACUACACAAAGAUAACGACCUGAAGGACAACUUGUGGAGAGUCAUAGCGUCAGAUUUCUGAUAUGACGAUGGUUUGUGUGCUUUAACAGUUUGCCAAACGUCUUUGUUUUAACUUUCAUCUGUGCUAUCGUAAGCUAACGGUUGUUACAUCUUCUGCAGAUAUAGACAGCACACUGCAUUCUCCAGUCUGCUCAUAGGUAAGGUAAUGUGACCUUACCUCUGAGCAGACUGGUAGUGUGAUCUGAACAUAAUGUACAAGCCACACUUCAGGGAUUUUUGAAAAGCAAUAUCAUGUUUCCAGUUUUAGAAAACAUUGCAGUGGUGUCCUCGCAGCCUCAGAUUUAGCUCACUGAGAGAUGAAAAUAUAUCUGCCAGAUAUUACAGCGUUAGAAGAAGCAAGUCAUUGAGAACAAAUGAGUGUAAAGAGUAACCCUGUUAACAGAUUAGGGCUGCAACUAAUGACCAUAUUAAUAGUCGACUAGCCAACGACUAUUGAACCCAUUAGUCAACUAAUCAGAUAAUUAUGAAUUUUUUCUUAAAUUUAACACGAGGUUGCUUUAAUGAAGUGGCAAUGAUUUUAAACGCAAGAAUUAAGGUCCUUACACAGGAGGAAUGACGCAAAUAUACGUUGCGAAAUUACGAAAUAUUUGGAGGCGAAUUUUGGGUGUCUGACUGUACACAUGAAGUGCAAUGCGAUUUUGCGACUUUCCGGGGGUAAAAGAUGCGUCCCGGGUGGAAGCGAGAAGACUGACACAACAGCAGACUGACUGUUUUUCAUUUCUGAUUAGACACUAGUGUUGAGAUGUCUGUCUGUCAUGAUAGCAUGCACUGAGUCGGGGCCAGUACCAGAUAAGCACAUUAAACUAUAAUCCAUGAACGUUAAGGAACACCUGAGACCUAAUGGUGCUGUGACAGCAACAAGAUUGAGUUUGAAACAGUAAAAAAUAUAUAAGGUAUGUUGAAUCUAAACAGGUCCAACUCGCUAUCUGAUUGGUCAGGUGUGGACACACAGUAUGCGAAACUUUAGAAAAUUUGAACGUGAUAUGAAAAAUAAUGCCGCAAUAUCGCAGGACGGGAAAAUGUUGCUUAUGUGAACGCUUGUAUUGACAGGAUACGGGUUCGAAAAAAAAUAUUGACGUCCGAAAUAAUCGCACGAAAAAACACUCCCGGUGUGUUAGGACCUUUAGGCUAAAGUGCUCCCAAACUUUUUAAGUGUAAACUAGCUGCUGUAUGGGACGGCGGCACUGCCAUGUUUGAAUACCCUACCGCUCGGCUGAGAUGUUAUUGCGCAUGUGUGACUCUAGGCAGAGAUUAUAAUGAAGUAAGAUGCCUCAUUCCACUGGAAAAAAACACGUCUGACGACAAUUGUCAACAAUGCAAUAAUUGUCGACUUUUUUCAUUAUCCAUGUUUUAUCAACAACGUCAACUAAUCGUUGCAACCCUAUAACAGGCAACUCCAAAUCUAUCCAUAGUUGUCAUGGUUACAUCAACUGUUGAGACACUGAAAUUGUCCUCUCAAAUGAAUCUUUGAUUUAUGUUUUUAUUACAAAGUCCAAAUAUACUCAGACAUUCACAGUAGGCUUCAAUAAAAGCUGGAGGUAUUUGUGGGUGUCAGUUGACAGGGCUGCCAAUGCUGGCAGCAUAAAAGCAUCAAACACACAGCAUUACUGAUUUCUAAAACUGUGCUGCGUCAUCCACACAGCCAGAGACAUUGCAUAUUGUGCUGACAGCGAUUUUUUUGUCAAAUUCUGCCACAUUUUGAACUGUGUCUGUCUCCUCUCUGCCAUGAUUACUUCCUUGACUUCUUUGUUGUCUUUGCGCCGACUGUCUCUCACCACAUGUCACUUUAUUCAUUCGACAAGUCACUUGAAACUAGAUAGGAGGCGUUGAUAAGGGAUCUGGUAAAGCAUCAAGGCAGAUUAUGUCAAUAGCAUGCAAAGUUGAAUCCGGUUCUCAGCUGGAUUUACUUGUAAGUUCCACUUGCAUGUGUUUAGUUAUAUUUGGUGGUAUGGCUCCAUUCUAAAAGCUCCUUCACUUUAAAUUAACAACACACCUUUGAAGCUACUACCAGCCAUUACCAAUAAUCAAUAAUUUGAUUAUCAUUGAACACAUAUAAAACACACACACAAACAUAAAUCACACAAUUUCAUAUUUUUAACCUAAUCUGAAGUUCAUCUAUGUAAUAUUUUGACACGUUGAUAUAACAUGUUUCAAAGGCAUCCGCCUAAUGUGAACAUUAAAGAUCACAAGAUGGAUUAAAAUUGGGAUUUCUACCAAUGAGUAAUAUUUUCUAUGAAUGCUGCACUUACACAAACUCUUCUCGUGGUCAGGAACAGGUGUAGAUUUUGUUGGUAGCUAUAAACAAACCAGAACUACUAAGAUACUGAUGAAUGCUGGUUUGCCUGUAAAUUUUGUACUCCUCACAGUUUACACACAAAUUCCUGCUCACACUUCAUGAAUGAGACCCUUUGUGUUAACCUGAGUUAACCCAAUUAUCAAAAGUGUUGCUUUUAUUUACAGUGCUCAGCAUAAAUGAGUACACCCCUUCAGAGUUGUCGGAAAACCUUGAAUUUCCUUUUAAAAUCAACAUUUUCUAUGUCAGAUUAUACAACAAAAUACUCCCUCAAAUGUAGGUCAUUGAUUGCAAAAAUGAGUACACCCCAAUCAAAGUUCUGGGAGCAAAGCUAAAUUACCAAAUCACCCAUAUUUUCAUCUUAUGGUAAAUAAAAUGUUAUGUUAAACUCAGCCUUGUCAAAACUUUGGAAAUUGUACUUUUGCUCAUCUAGAUAUUGAGUGAUACAUUACUUUUAAUGGAGGGGGUGUACUGACUUAUGCUGGGCUCUGUACAUGUUUUAUUAACAUCACAUAGGAAAUUUGUAUUUGUCCCGAGUCUCAAAGGAUACUACAGCGCAAACACAAGUAGUGCAUGUAUUUGUACAUGAAUCAUGGCCCCAUAGGGUGAAUAACUAUUUGUGAUCUGUGUAUAAUGCUCUGUUGUGUUCGGCUUCAUGCGGUGCUUUCAUUUUUGACACUCUCUCGUUCUCCUCCCUGGCUUUCUGAAUAUACCAUUGUUAUGCGAAACACAUACUGGCAUUCAUUCUCGUGAAACAAUUCUGUCUGUCACUUUGCUUCUGCUUUGUUCUCGUUCCUUCAAUAUUAAUCCCUCCGUCCAUGGAUGACUGCAGCAGUGACUCAGAGCCCCGAGAUCAGACUGGAUCGGUAAUAAUCCUCUCUGUGUGAGGACACAGGGCAGCCUCUGGUCAGCCUCUUUUGGUUUGGCUUCCUUGACUGUCCGCUCUGCUUGGAUUGAACUGGAUAAAACAUAGAUUUCUGAAUCAAACUUGAACAGAUCAGAUGACUGACCUAAUGUUUGUGAUCCCAGUGUUUUGUAAUGAAAACGACACCAAAUGGCCUGGCAAAGAGCUACUAAGAGUGACAAAGCAAAGCAUUGAGAAGGAAGGUGAUCCUUCAGCUGCUCAGGGUUUAUAAACUAACAAUCACAUCUUUUGUACAAGAUUUAAGUUGCUGUUUGUUUUUGUCAUAGUUGCUUGGUCAGAUUUGUCGUCACUGUUCAAAAAGGGCCAGGCUGGGCUGUUUUCGUGGAUAUGUGAUCUUUGUUGGUAGUAAAAGUAGUAAAUUGAAGCUAAUGAUUCCUCUCUGUGUACUUCUCAAACCAAGAAAGCUGAUUUCUUCUGUAUUGGCUGUGCUUACAACCAGGAUACAUUGCACCAGAAUGUAUCCUAGGUGUGUUCUUGGCCUAGAUACUUGAGGUAACAUUUUGAGUAGAAAUAAAAAGAAACUGACCAGAUCCCCCCUUCUUUUAUCAGGCUGCAGGACUCAAGUAGUACGACCUCUCCUCAUCAUCUGAAGUUUUCUGUUUCUGUUUACCUCCAAACUAGCAACAUAAACUGUUGAAAAUAGUGACCUGUCUGUUCUUAUAUCAAUCACACAAUACUCAAGUCAACUAAAACACUAUACAAUGUAUUUCAAUCUGUCUUGACAAAGAAGGACCAGGACUCUAUUGACAAAGACCAUAUGUAAAGAUGGGAUAAGACUGAGAUCAGACCUACUAUCCCAUCCCAUCUUCACUCACAUGAGUGUAGCACGUUGAAGCAUUUACCAAGUUACAGUGGAGAGGAAAAACUUCCUUCAACAGGCAGAAACCUUGAACAGAACCAGACUCAUGUUAGAUAGUCAUCUGCUGCUUCUGCAUUGGGUUUAGAGAGGAGAGAGAGGAGGACGCUGAUCAUGAUGAUUCAAAGUUAAUAAUACAGACACAAAGAGGAUGGAGAGGGUGGGAAAGGUGCUCAAUGUGCCAGUAUCCCUGGCGUCCAUAGCAGCGAACUGGCCCAGGCCUGUAUUGGCCCCAGCUAUCAGCUUUAUCAAAGACGAAUGUUUUAAGCCGACUCUUAAUGGUAGAGAGAGUGUCUGCUGACCGUGAAGAGCUUUGUAGGUCAGAAGAAGAAAUUUAAACUCUACCCUAAAUUGAAUGGUAAGCCAGUGUGGAGAAGCUAACAUGCGGAGACGUGCUCUGGUCUCCUGGUUCUGGUCAGUACUCUGGCUGCAGGAUUUUGGAACAGCUUAGCAAGUUUUAUUAGGGCUGCCUGAUAAAAGGCAGUUACAGUACAGAGAUUUGUUGGAUGUGUGAGUUGAAGGAUAUAUCCUGGUCAAACUCCCAGAUUCUUAGGAUGCCAGACCAAUGCCAUCUAUCACAGUUGUAUCAUAGGAAAGUGUCUUCCUGAGGUGUUAGGGACCAAGAACAAGAAGGCUUACUCCUUCUGUUGGUGAAACAACAUUAAAGACAGAAACUUCCAUUCAGAGUACGAUCCUCUGUUUUCAAGGUUUUACCAUCAAAAAUGUCUCAAUACAACAACCACUGCUCUCUCUUCUUUUUGUUCUUCUAUUUUCCUCUUAUUUUUUGUCUUUUUCUUCUGUGUUGUUGUUGUCUUCAUUGUCUUUGUCAUUGUCGCCUUCCUUUGUCAUUAUUUUCCAACCAGUGCAGUUUUAGCUACCACCCACUAGAUACAAACACACACGUGACUUCUAUAAUUUCCUUUCUCUGUGCUACAUUAGAAACAUGAAGGUAUAAGGCGGUGUCUCUGGACAUAGAGCCUACUCCUUUUGACAAAAAUCUAAAUCUAGCAAAUGGAAUUAUGGAUGAUUAUAUGAUUAUUUAAACCAACUUUUGAAUACUUAAAUUCAUUCAAAGACUAAAAAGUUAUACAAAGACAUAAAAAACUUACUAACAGAUUGACUAAUCUGCUCCAAAAACUACUCUAUACACAGCAGCCUCUGCCAUUACUUUGUAAAUGUGGUUUGAGUGGGUGAAUGCGAUGUGAUUUAAAUCAGUGGUUCUCAAGUCCAGUCCUCGAGGCCCACUGUCCUUCAUGUUUUGGACGUUUUCCUGCUCCAACACACCUGAUUCAAAUGAUUAGCUCGUUAUGAAGCCAUUACAGAGCUUGAUAACGAGCUGAUCAUUUGAAUCAGGUGUGUCGGAGCAGGGAAACAUCCAAAACAUGCAGGACAGUGGGCCUCGAGGACUGGACUUGAGAACCACUGAUUUAAAGCACUUUGCGUUGUAGAGAAAGCGCUGCACAAACAGAGUUCAUCUACCAUUUACCAUGCAUUACAGUGUGGUGGUGUUUUUUUAUGUGUGAAAGGCAAGACUUUCCAGGAAAAGCAAUUUAACUUCACAUCAAGUCUGAUUAAUCACUAGUGACAGCAAUUGUUAGUUACAGGCCUCUGUUAGUUUACCCAGUGUUACAGUUCCUAACUGUAGUGACUUUUGAGUGUGUGAAAAACAGUCUGCACAUGACUGGCUUUCACCAGCAGCAAGACAGAUUAGCCUGAGCUGAGAAACCAGUACGCUAAGUGGUCCUUGUUAAUUUAUCAGACCAGUGGAUUUGAGUAAAUGGGCCCUAAGUCCGAUAAAUAGCUGCAGCACUUCUUGUGAAAUCCUAGACUCCCACUGGUGUUUGUUUGGAGAGGUGACCCAGUGAAAAUCUCAGCAGCUGCUUUAAACCGGGAAUCUCCCCACCUCUCUUUCUUCUUCUACAGUUCACACUGUACGCUGAAUGUGAAUGGAGCCCUCUGAGGAUUAAUUAGCUCCAUAUGCACGAUCAAACCAGGCUUUGAAGAGUAGUCUGACCUAUGCUGUUACAUCUUUAAAGGGUAAAUAGAGCCAUGAGCCAUGUGGAUUAUUACCUCAUUAACAUACUGUGUUUCCUGAAAUGAACCGUAAUGAUGGAGGGUUCGGGUCAUGGCCUACUGAUAUCAGAGAAAUGAUCGGGCUCACCGCAGAAACUAUGUGAAGUGAGGACACCCUUAACAAGGGUUUUAUGACCUCUUGAUUUACCACAGUAGACCUGCAGUUCAUGGAUUUAUGAAACUUUUUAAGCUGAAGCCAGUAUUUUUUACUUGUUUGUCAAACCUUUGAGUGUGUGAAUAGUGCCAAGUGGCAGCAGGAGUACAAAAGAGACUUAACAGCUGAAAAAAUUAGGGCCUGUAUUGAUGAUCAGAUAUUGGUGUAGCCAAUAGCUGAUUCUGAUAUGAGUGUUUUUGUGUUACUUCCCUGUAAGGGUGUCCGGAUACAACUUUUUUACCUCCGAUACGAUACUGAUAUUGUAGCCUUCCAUAUUGGCCAAUACCGAUAUUGAUCAGAUAUUAGCACAAACUUAUGCAUGACAAGUUUUGCACUCAGCUGCAACAUCUUUUUCAGACUUUAAUAAAAAUACCGCCAGAGGGCCGACAUGGCUCCUACUCUUUGCUACUUUGGUACACACUGAUGUUGUGAUUACUUGGGCUCUACAUGCUGGAUCUGGGUGCUGCUAGAUAGAGGUGCCGGAGCGGAGUGUGGAAUGGACUGCUUGAAUCAGAGUGCUGAUAUCAGAGAUUUUAGAUAGAAGCCGAUAAAAUCCGAUAUUUGAUUUUUUGCUGGUAUUAGACUGAUAUCUGAUAUCAAUAUCUUUUAGGGACACCCCUACUUCCUCGUAAUUUUUCAUUUACGUUUCUCAGUUACUAAUAGUUUUUACUUUUAAGGACCUCUUAAAAUGAACAUGUCCUUCAAACAGCUUCUCAUCCAUCAUUCUUUCAGUCAGCGCAAUGGUGUAUUUAUACCAAACAAGAAGAAAAUGAUUUGCAUGAAUGAAUUGCAAAGAUGCAAUUAGACACACCUUUUUGUCAGGGAGUGUGAAUUAAGCAGUGCAAAUAGCGCAAAUUGAGUGGAUCAUAUGCAUAAAUCACACGUUUACAUCGUAUUACAUCAGUAAUGUGCAGCAAUGGUAUAAAUUCAGUGUUGUAAGUUAAGAUUUGACCUGUGUUACUAUGGCAACUAGGGGUGUCCUGAUGCGAUAUGGAUAUCAGAUAUCGGCCCGAUAUCAGCAAAAAAACGAAUAUCGGAUUACACUCACCGGCCACUUUAUUAGGUACACCAUGCUAGUAACGGGUUGGACCCCCUUUUGCCUUCAGAACUGCCUCAAUUCUUCGUGGCAUAGAUUCAACAAGGUGCUGGAAGCAUUCCUCAGAGAGCUUGGUCCAUAUUGACAUGAUGGCAUCACACAGUUGCCGCAGAUUUGUCGGCUGCACAUCCAUGAUGCGAAUCUCCUGUUCCACCACAUCCCAAAGAUGCUCUAUUGGAUUGAGAUCUGGUGACUGUGGAGGCCAUUUGAGUACAGUGAACUCAUUGUCAUGUUCAAGAAACCAGUCUGAGAUGAUUCCAGCUUUAUGACAUGGCGCAUUAUCCUGCUGAAAGUAGCCAUCAGAAGUUGGGUACAUUGUGGUCAUAAAGGGAUGGACAUGGUCAGCAACAAUACUCAGGUAGGCUGUGGCGUUGCAACGAUGCUCAAUUGGUACCAAGGGGCCCAAAGAGUGCCAAGAAAAUAUUCCCCACACCAUGACACCACCACCACCAGCCUGAACCGUUGAUACAAGGCAGGAUGGAUCCAUGCUUUCAUGUUGUUGACGCCAAAUUCUGACCCUACCAUCCGAAUGUCGCAGCAGAAAUAGAGACUCAUCAGACCAGGCAACGUUUUUCCAAUCUUCUAUUGUCCAAUUUCGAUGAGCUUGUGCAAAUUGUAGCCUCAGUUUCCUGUUCUUAGCUGAAAGGAGUGGCACCCGGCGUGGUCUUCUGCUGCUGUAGUCCAUCUACCUCAAAGUUCGACGUACUGUGCGUUCAGAGAUGCUCUUCUGCCUACCUUGGUUGUAACGGGUGGUUAUUUGAGUCACUGUUGCCUUUCUAUCAGCUCGAACCAGUCUGGCCAUUCUCCUCUGACCUCUGGCAUCAACAAGGCAUUUCUGCCCACAGAACUGCCGCUCACUGGAUAUUUUUUCUUUUUCGGACCAUUCUCUGUAAACACUAGAGAUGGUUGUGCGUGAAAAUCCCAGUAGAUCAGCAGUUUCUGAAAUACUCAGACCAGCCCUUCUGGCACCAACAACCAUGCCACGUUCAAAGUCACUCAAAUCACCUUUCUUCCCCAAACUGAUGCUCGGUUUGAACUGCAGGAGAUUGUCUUGACCAUGUCUACAUGCCUAAAUGCACUAAGUUGCCGCCAUGUGAUUGGCUGAUUAGAAAUUAAGUGUUAACGAGCAGUUGGACAGGUGUACCUAAUAAAGUGGCCGGUGAGUGUAUAUCGGCCUGCAUCUAAAAUCUCUGAUAUUAGCACUCCGAUACAAUCAGUCCAUUCCAGACUCCACUAUGGCACCUCUAUCUAGCAGCGCCGGAAUCCAGCAUGCUGAGCCCACAAAAUCACAACAGUGUGUACUAAGGUACUAACAAAGUAGGAGUAACAAGGAGUAAGAGUGAUGUCGGCUGUGUGGCCGUAUUUUUCAUUAAAGCCAAAAAAAGACAUUGCAGCUGAGUGCAAAACUUGUCAUGCGCAAUUUUGUGCCAAUAUCGGAUCAAUAUCAGUUUUUUAUUAUUAUUAUUUACAUGUGCAUACGUGUGAGUGUGGUAUGAAUUAUAAACAGCAUAAAUUGCAGAUUAUGUCUUAAUUAAUAAUGUAAAAAAAACAAUGGAAAAGUUCUCGUGAAAUUCUCAGAGCUGCUGUUGACUUUGUAAGGCAGACAUUUCAAUCCAUUUUUCCCUCCUCCUCCUCCUCAGGUCAGUGCAGCUUUCCAGAAGAAGGUCCAAAACAAAAUCAAAGAUCUCCUCGUGCAGAUGGAGGAGGGCCUGAAGACAGCCGACCCCCAUGACUUCUCCACCUACACAGGCUGGACAGGUCUGUCUGAGCGCUAUGAGAUGUGAGAAAAUGCCAACUAAUUGAUUGAAGCUAAGGGUAUGACUAGUCCCUUUGUGUUAAAUUCACUGCAGGCAUUGCCUUGCUGUACCUGCAGCUACACCGGGUGACACAGGAGACCUCCCACCUGCAGAGGGCACUGGACUAUGUGAAGAGGACAAUGAGGAUACUGAACGGACGUAAAGUGACCUUCCUGUGCGGUGAUGCAGGACCACUAGCUGUGGGUGCAGUGGUCUACCACAAAUUAGAUAACUCAGCUGACAGCAAAGACUGCGUGUCCAGGUGAGAGAGUGAAACAGUGAAAGACAGAAGAGACAUUGAACGAAUUUAGGACAAGGCAUUAAAAAUCAAAGCUAAAAAAAAAGUAGAUGGAAGAUGAAAAUAUGGAUUUACUAGAUAGUUUAAAAAUAGAAGAAUUAAGUGUAGAGUUGUAAAAUGAAAAUAAAAAUUGAAUUUUAUGGGAUCAUGAAAGUAAUCUGACAAAAAGCAGCUGUGAAUAGGUGACUCUUCUACUAGGAUUGAAAUUAACUUAGCGUUUCAGCUGACCUGACAUUUUCUGAAAGGUUCCUCCAGAUAUUUGGAGUAUAGAAACUGAAGGCUGCUUCUCCAUAUUUGGUUCUCACUCUAAAGGGCAGAAAGCAGACCUGCUUUAGACCAUCCUAGUGAUCUGGGCCCGUAUGCACGUUGAAAGCGUUUAGCGUAAACGCGAUUAGGGCUUAAACGCGUUUAGUUAUACGGGCCUUAAACGCGUUUAGUUCCUAUACGAUUUUGGUAUGCACAAUGCUGUAAACGGAACCGUAUAGCUAACCGCGUUUACUGUGUCUUAAACGGGUCGUGUGACGCUCGAGUGACGGUUCGAGUGACUGUCGACUGAUCCACUCCUACCAACUCCCCACACACGUCUUGGAAAGAAGAAGUGGCGCAGUACCGUAAGGUUACGAGGACUUGUUGUAGUGGAGUGAGGGUGAAUCCUGGGUUCGAAAGUUCAAUUUCAGCGGAAAUCUCCUGUGUGAGGUCGAGAAUAUGGUGCCGUCGAAAUCUAAAUUUACGGAACACUUCGUGGUCGUCAUACGUGUCGAAGGGGUGUUUUCUGUCACUAAAAAUCUUGUUUCGACGCAAUUGUCGCCGCUGUCUUCCUUGGAACAACAAGACUGCUGUCUUAUUUAAACGCGUUUAGACCCGCUAUUGGACCCCCAGAGGUGCAAUAACUUUAAACGCGAAAAUCCGUAUAGGAACGGCUAUACGAAGUGACGUACAUACGGACAUUUUUGGCGUUUAGGAGUUAAACGCGUUUAGCGGGCCCGCUAAACACGUUUUGCCAAGCAACGUGCAUACAGGCCCUGGAUUGUAAAUACAGCACUUGAAGAAAGAGCAAAAGCAUCAUCAUUAAAAAGGAUUAUUAUCAUUAAAGGAUCAUUAAGGAUUUUUCUCUGUGUCUUUAAUUUUGACAUAUGAUACUGUUAAUCCUCACAGCUCUGGAGCAGUGAACCUAUGUGGAAAAUAAGAAUUUAUCAGAAAUAGUGUUAAAUAAUUCCUCUGAGGUAUUUGGGCUAACAGGAGAGUACAUGUGGGAUUGAGCGCCAAAAGACUGUAUGGUAAUGAACAAGAUGCCAUAAAAAUAAUGUGACUCAUUAGUGUGUUUUAAUAAAUAAUGGGAAACUGAGUGUAGGAAAUGAUCCAUUGGUUCAUUGUUUUAAUUUUAUCCAGAGAGUAUUAAGUAAUCCACUGCACAGGCGUCGGCUGUGUCAAUCUGCGAGAUCGCCACAUCAAAAGGGACUUUUGACUUACUUGACCCAGUGUAAGCAACUUUUCAGGCUGCAUUUUGAAGAGUUUUGUUGGCUCUUGGUUGAAAUUUUAAUGUGUGUGGGUUAUUAAUAACCUGCUGUCUUCAUCGAAAGUUUUGGAGAAACAAACCCAGCAUAGGGUCAAGUAAACAUGGCUCCACUUACUUCGCCAUCCAACUGUCAGAGCUGUGUCAGUCUUGAUACUGAAGUCGAGGAGAUGGAUCAAAGAAUAUCCACUCUUUACAAAAUCAAAACAUGUACAACCAGGAACAUCAUACCCGAAUGCCUUUAAUUAAACAUGUUUAAAGAUACUACUUACCCAAGACAUAGAGUCUCCUGUAGCUGAUUUCAGAGGCUGCAGGAGCAGAUUACCUAAAACUCCUUUAACCCAUCUCAAGACGAACCUUGGGCACAGAUAGCAAAAGCACCGUUUGUGGUACAGGUCUUUUUCCAGUAUUUGUUUUAUGGUGCACAAAAAAGAACUAUUUUUCUAUUUGAUGAGAGGAUCUCUGAGUAUGGUGUCAGCAUUUGUGUGGGAAAACACUGAGCUCUUGUGUUUUGAACUCUAUCUGAAUGGAAAGCUGGGCACUAUCAGUGAAUGUUGAACUUACUCCAGAGUGUUUGUGUCUGACAGGCUCCUCCAGCUGCAGCGGUCUGUACUGAGUCCCGACUCUGAGAUGCCAGAUGAGCUGCUGUACGGCCGGGCUGGCUACCUCUACGCUCUGCUCUACGUCAACAAAGAGAUAGGAGCAGACACUGUGGACGAGGAAACCAUUACAAAGGUUAGAGACUUACAUGGGCAUUUAGAGUAACCUAACCUCGUCUUGAAUGACUUGGGUUAGCUGUUAUUAAUCAUCCUGCUGGAGAAUGACCACAAUAGCCUGACAGAAGUCCACAUGGAUAACCACAGGGUUCAUUUCAUGCCAAGUCAGGUCACCUUCUAUCAAUAUACCUCAAAAUUACAAUCCACAUCUUUGCCUCAUGGGGCCUCUCAAUCUCUACAGCAGCAUCUGUCCUUAGACAUCCAAUUCAGAUAUAAAAAGAAAUCAUUUGAAAACCUUUAGUGAGGAUUAAACAAGUAUAAAAAGCUCAGUAGAGGCAUACAAGGCUAAAAACUUGACAAGUUGAGUCCUUAAAUGGCUCCUUAGAACUCAUGACUCAUAAUAUUUGUAUUUGGAGCGAAGUUGUUUAUAUUUACCUCCUCUCAAAACACAUAAACCAAGUGUUGAAAUCAAGAAAAAAUGUACCCAACAGGCUUACUCAAGUUGGUUUAAUUGUGCCAUAUAUUGAAAUCCAUUUUUCCUUUCUUAAACAGAUGUACUCUAGUCAUCCUUUAGCUUAGCAAAUGUGGAAGCAGAAAAGCAUCUGCAUUGUUUCUACCGCUCACCUACCGGAGAAAUGUAUUUUCUAUGCAGUGGCUAGAUUUUGCUCCUGUGGUGCUGCAGGAGCGAUUUACAUUUUUUUUCCUAUUCACCUUCAUCUGCAUCAGCAGCAAGGGAUCGACACAAAAAGUCACAAAAAAGGCAAAAAAAAUUGGUAAAACACUCAAAAUUCAGUGCACUACUCAGAGCCAUGCUUUUGAAAUUGUGGCUGCAACACUGGGAGGUGUAGACAACAUAUGAGUCACGUCAGCAAAUCAUUAUAUUCAACAAACCCAUAGUGAACUUCUCUAAAUGAUAUCAAUAAAAUAUAAGGUUAAACACGAGUCAGACUGAAUUUGACACAGCUUUGAUACAUGUAUUUACAAAAUGAAAGCUGAGCUUCAGCAUGAAUAUUUAGAUGUUGUGUAUCAUUUUCACAUCAUUUGAUGUGUGUUUGAUCACAAUAAAACAAUUCCUGUUUAUUUAGUUAAAUUAAGUUUUUAACUUUGGUUUAUUUUCUAUAUUUGACAACUUUAGAUGUAAUAUUCCAGUGGAAGCAAAGAUCGUAUUGUGAUAACACCAAUCAACGCAAUAAUCGUUUAAACUUUUGCAUUGACUGAAAACUACAGCUUACCUCUCUGGGGUAAAGUCAUUCGGGUUCGUAAGGUGUCCAACUUCUCUCUCUCCUCCCUCCCCUCACAAGUAGCCCAGAACGCCAAGGUCAAGCAAAAUGAUUGGUCAGUUGGAGGAGUUUGUUUUCCACUCUGCAAAUCGUCCCAAUCGGUCUGCAGCCACCUCCUAACACAACAUUCAGACUCUCAGGCAGCCAGCCUGAGUGCCAUAGAGCUGUGCCUCAUUAUAAUUGUAUCCCCACCAACUCAAAUCAGUACAUGGAUAAUGAAACCACAAACUGAGAGGCUGUAGAUUUUCCACAGAGGCAGAACCCUGCUAAAAAAACAACAAGGACAUGCUUUGAACAGCUGAAAAUACUAUUAUACAUGGAGCCUUUGAAACAUUUGGAAGCAUUUAAAACUGAAAAAUCAGAGUUUGUUGUAACAGUUACCUAACAAAAUGAGUGCGCUAGAGGCUGAAGCUUCAUAAUGAACCACCAAAUUUAAAUGGACUCGAAAAUGAUCCAUUUUUUCAAUGUUUCUACCUGUAAAAAAUUAAUCAGGGACUAAAGGGGCACAGAGGACUCUAACAUACCCACUCCUCCCACCCCUACCUCCACACACACCAAGGAUAUUAAUCCCUCCACACGCUAUUUUGAUUAUUUAUUUAGGCACACACACAUUCACUGCAGAAACUCCAUGACCAGCUGUCGCCUUUGGUAAAAAGCCAGGCUAAAACACAUUUACUGUACGAACACACACACUAAUACACACACGCAGAGACACUGGGACAGAAGGGCUGAGAGAGUAGGCAGCAGCAGUGGGCUCAGAGGAAGUGUUGGAUCACUCUCCAAGCCCAUUAUGACUAACGAAGGAAUAAAAAUAUGGAGCUUAAAGCUCUGGUUUCCUGCAGAGCUGCUUUGCUGUUCAUCUCGCAAUCAUUUUUGCCCAUAUACCUGUCACAUUCACACACAACAUAGCAGCAGUCUGUGCACUUUACCAACCAGCGCCUGUGCUCUAGGGUGCUGUUUAAACAAGUAUUCUCAGUAUCUUGCCACAGUGUUAUUCUCACUGUAACCCGCUGAGACUUUCCUCCUUCAUAGAAAGAUUUUCUCUGCAGGAUGUUUUUCUUUCUCCUACUUUCCAGGUUAUUUGUGUGUGUGUGUGUAUGUGUGUGUAAACUUUUACUGCUAGUUUUGUAUUGGGUUCUUUUUGAGGCAAGGGUCCAGUUUUAUAGAGGUUGUGUUAUUCCCCUCAGCAGGGUCUGUAUCUCUUGCACUCCUGACAGAGAUUAGUAUUCAAGUCAGCAUCCAUCCUUCUGUAUCCUGUUAAAACAUGGUCAGAUCUUCCAAGUCUAUUCUGAAUUUCAAUGAACAAGAUAAUUCGUCUCUAAUAAGCAGUCUGUGGUUAUUUAAAAGCCAAAAAUGUUGCAAUCACCACACACAGUGUCUUGAAUAAUACAGAAGAAACUCAUCUGUUGCUGCCCUGGCUGGUUAGUUUGUUUCCUCUGAAGAUUUGAAUGGUAGUUUGGAUCCAAAACUAUAUCUGUGUUGUCGGGCUGGGCGAUAAACCAAAAAAUAAAUAACUAAUAAAAGUUGGUUCUGGAUUUGUGUGUAGGUAGGAUAUGGUCUCAUGUCCUUUUAAGACACUGUCCUACGUCAGAGACGUGACUCCACCCCAUCCAGUCCUCAACAAAGAGGGAAAGACAGGUGAGGAGAUGGAGGACGGUUCAAAAGUUGUAGCGGCGGCUGAAGUAGACGAAGUUAAUCUGAGAGGGGGUGAGCAGCUAGUGGAGUAGUUAUCAUCCGUUUAUCGUUAUCAAGGUGAACUCCUUAAUAUAUCUUGAUAUUGAUUUGAGGCCAUAUCACCCAGUCCUAUGGUGUAGCACACAUUUGGUCAUUUUAUUCCAUUAAAUAAGCCAUCAGGAUGGGACUGUUUCAACUAAGUGAAAGUCAUAAAAAGACAGCAUUUUACAUGUUGAUAAGAUCGCCACAUUAAAGUCAAAUAACAGCUUGCACAAUAUUAUUCUGAUGUUUUUAAGUGCUAUUGUUGAAGAUCUAAAUAAUUGAUAAUGGCAAUGAGAAAAUAUACAACCAAAUUUAAUAAAUCAUUAAAAGAGGAACAGUGGCAACGCAGACCCAAACACACAAAGCAUUAAUAUUUCAUGUCUCUUUGAAACUUCAGUUUAUUAUGGUUGAAAACACGAAAUGCCUUCAGGUGAGAUGAGUUGAUCAUUUCUGUGAAUAUUAAAAUGUAUUCAGCUGCAGUUCACUAAGAAAAGCCAAAAAUAAGCACUAUUUUCUGAUUAAGUGAAUAUUCUCUAUCAAUGUCUCUGUUAAAUAGUAAAGGACUUAUAGGAAAAUAAUUAAAUGUACUUCAUCACAAGGGUCUGGGUGACUGUAUUUGACGCCACAUAAUAGCAGGCUGCUCAGCCAGCCCUGGUGACUGCUUAUGUCAGCACUUUCUGUCAUAGUUUCUCAUUCUCUGUUAGUCCUGUCCUUGCUUUCAGAUUUUGCCUCUCAGAUGCAUUUUUCUCCACUUACAAGAUAGUGUGGGAACUGGACAGCCUGAUCAGGAUUGCCUGAAUUAGAUCUUUUCUCUCUCAAUCGUCUUGGUGUGUGAUCCCACAGGCCUCAGUUUGUUUGCAGUGAUUAAUUCAUGCUGCAAAUAGAUUAAUUCUCUUUAAAUUACAUUUUCUCCCUCCUAGAGAGAUGGUUGAUUGCUUAUUGGAUUGCUUGUAGUAGAGCUUGUGUGUAAGAGAGAAAGAGUAGGAAAUAUAUAGAGGUUUGGCGGAAAGUUCCUGCUUUGACCAAACAUUAAGGGCAAAUGUUCUCAUACACAGUCAUGUGUGUGAACAAAUUACAUUUAGUGUCCUAUUGAUACAAGCUUAAUUCACUUAAGUGCACACUUAUUAAGAUCAGGAAGGUCAAAUGAGGUAAGGAGAGACAAGAGUGGCUGUAUAUUUCAGUGCAGACGUGUAGGAGUGAAGGGACGUGUAGAUGAAUAAGCUGGCUGUAAAUCUUUUCUGUCAUGAGAGAGGUAUUACUGUUGCGGCAGAACGGUUUCUCUUUCUUUUACACUCACUCUGUCUUACAAGGCGACCGAAUAAAGCGCUGACUCAGAACCUCUAGCUCUUUGACACACACCCCCACACACAUGCAUAUACGCAUGCAUACACCGAAUAUAAUCUCACUUAUGCAGCUUUUCAGCUGUGAUGACAAAAACUCAUAGAAUAGCUUUCAGACAACUUCCUCAGCCCAACGGCCGAAUAUGAUUACAACCAAAAAAAAAGCUUGUCUUAACCUGAUCUUUAUGCAAAUGCACCUCUCCCAAUACCCUCUGUCAACAGCAUUACAACUUUCAAGAGAUAGGUGAUUACUUCUGAUCAAAAAUGCCAUAUGUUUUCCAUAGGGUGGUUUUGCAGGUGAUUUCUUCUGGCAUCAUCCAAUAAAAGUAAUGAUAAGAACCCCCCACCCCUCCUUUUUUGUCACACUCUGUUCUCCCUCCGAUCCCAGCAGCAACACUGAACAUUGGCUCCCCCACAGGCCCCAUCCAUCAUCUCUACAUGUCCCAAAUAGGGACUUUUAUUACCAGCAGAACAAAAUAGCAUCCACAAAGUGUAUGAAUUCGUCCUUUGGUAAAGGUCUCCCUUCAGCCACGACCUCUUCCUCCUCACUUACCUUCUUACUCCUCAUAUCCAGCAACUUCACAUUGCCACCUGAAAUUGGCUUCAGUCAACACCUGCCUUAAGGUCCUAACACACUGGGGCCGACGCAAAUAGAGAAUGCGAAAUAACGAAAUAUUCGGAGGCAAAUUUUGACGCGUCUGACUAUACACAUCAAGCCUGAUGUGAUUUUGCGACUUUCCGGGGGGAAAAAGACGCAUCCCGGGGAAGACUUUUCCCAGGGAAAGUCCAGCCUCCUUCGCCUCUGAUUGGUUAGAAAAGAUGGAAACGUGACCACACACUCAAGCCAAAAGGUCAGCACUUAAAGCCAAUCAGAGGCGAAGGAGGGUGGGACCUUCCCUUCCCAUCCGACAGCAUCCCGGGUGGAAGCGAGAGGACAAAAAUGACAGCCGUUAGCUUACAUUAGCACAGAUGAAAGUUAAAACAAAGACGUCUAGCAAACUGUUAAAGCACACAAACCAUCGUCAUAUGAGAGAUCUGACGCUAUGACUCCACAAGUUGUCCUUCAUGUCGUUAUCUUUGUAAUGUUUGUGUGUCUUUUAUCAAAAAUCACUCUGUUCUCCGACAUGUAAACAAUCAGCCAGUCGGCGAUGUUGGAUAUACCGGUGAAUCUGAUGUUGCAACAAUACGCAAUCUGAUUAUUCAGAAGUGGACACACAGUCUGCGAAACUUAAGAAAAGUCGACUGUGUUCCGAAAAAUAAAUGCAGCAAAAUCGCAUGACGGGAUAACGUCGCUGAUGUGAAUGCUUGUAUUGACAGAAUACGGGGUCGAAAAAAAAUAUUGACGUCCGAAAUAAUCGCAGAUAAAAACGGUCACAGUGUGAAAGGAUAUUUCUUCUGAAUCAUUUCAUUCUUGACACUAACCAGUUCUUCCUCUGUCUCACUGAAACAUGGCAUAAACCUCUAAACACAUUCUGGAUCUGGUCUGCUCCACUGGUCUCAAAAUUGUCCACCUUUCCACUCAUAAUGAAUUUCCCUUUGGGGAUCAAUAAUGUUGUGUAUUGUAUUUUAUUGUAACCUUCACAUCUCUGAUCAUUUAUCCAUUGUCACAGAUAUUGACAUCUCCACCCCCACCCCUAGACACACUCGCAGUAAAUCCUUUAGAAACCUCAAGUCCAUUUCCCCCUCUGUUUUCUUGGCCUCUAUAAGAAGUGAAAUAUCUGCUUCUCUUCCCUCACUUCGGAUGACUCUACCGAUUUAGUGAUCUGCUCCAACAAUACAUUCUCUUUUUGUCUUGACCAGCUAGCUCCCAUCAAAACCUGUACUCAAUCUGGUACACUCCUGAACUUUUCCAAAGCUCUGGAAGUCUCGCUUAGGUUUUCCUUUUCUGUUAUGUAAUGGCUAUUAGCAAACAGCUUUCAGAUGUACUCCAGCCACUGUCCUGGUUAUUAUUAUACAACCAAUAUUUAAAACCCAUGACCCAUCCUGCAAUUAAGAAUAAGAGUUUUGCUAACAACUCCAAUAGUUAUUCUGUUUCUGAGUGGACCAAAAGUUAUGGUGUGUCAGCAUUUCCAUUAUUACAACCCUCAUUAUUUGGCUUUAGAGCAUCUAUUCUCUAAUGGACGAUGCCACUAAGACCAUGGCAGUAUUUAACAGUCCAUGGUCCCACACCAUAUAACAAGAUAAGCCUGAAUCUGCACUCUAGAAACUGUCAGAGCUUUCAUUAUUAAUCGCCAGCCCAGUUUUAAUAAUUAAACAAAAAAGAAAGAAAAAAAAACUCCAGUGAUGCAGCUUCUUGAUGAAAUAUGAUAGGUAAUUUUUAGUGCAGCUAUUUCUUUUUUAAUUGAGGACAUGUCAGAUUUGGAAAGGUCACAGACAGCUUUGAUGAUGGUUAUAAGCUACCAGAGCUUCGUAGGUGAUCCUGCUUAUACCUGCAUUUUUAGGACCAGAUGAAUCUUGUAGUAUUUACAUAUUUGUGAUUGAACUGGGCUUUGCUUCAGCUGAAACAUCACAUUCAUUGUCUACUUGCUGUGAUGAUAAAGAAGAAAGCAGCUGAACGUUCAAGUCAAAUAUUAAAGGAAACGGCUCUCUGUUCAUUGUUCAAACCAGACCUUUUACUUAAAACUAUAGAGUUCCCAGCAGGUUGAAGUGCAGAAGAUUACAUAUUUAUAGGGACCACAUUUAGGUUCACGGGUGUUACCAUAAUUGUACAUGUGAUUAUUUAUGAUGAUUGAGUUGUCAUUUGAAGACCUCAGGAAGACAUUAUGGCACCAGAUGGAAGUCAUUAAGAGUGCGUCAGGAGGCGAUAAGGAGUGAAGGGACCCCAUUAUCUGUAUAUCAACAUAUGAGCCUAAAAUAGACUGUGCUGUCAUGAUAGAUGGAUUCUUUGUAUUUCUGUAUGAGGUCAACAUAAUGUCUAAUGGAUGUGACAAUCUAUAUGUACCUGAUCUACAUCUUUGACAUAUUCUUGUUAUACUUGUCGGAUGUGAAGCUGUAACCCAGAUCUGAACACUAAAGCCUGAGAAAAUUUGAUUCGAGUGGACCCUCCGGUCUUUUGAGUAUGGACUUUGACUAGACCUCCUUUGAACCGGGAACUUAUUUGAUUUCUCACUUUACUGUUAUUGAAUUUAGCUGUUGACCUUUCAAGAUAAGUUGCUCCUCCAGGACUGACUUGGCCUUCUGUUAUUUUUCCAUAUUGGCCUAUACAUUAUGUGAGACACUGAUGUAUGUUUGUUGGGCUCAGAUACCCUUAAACAAAUCUAAAAGGUCAGGGGAGGCAACCAUGUCCUGAACUGACCUUAAUAUCAUCUAGCUGUUGGAAAUAGAUCGAAAUGAUGUUGCUGAAGUAAGAAAAAAUGCAGAUUUGAACAUUUAAAUAUUUCAGGGGCUGCUGUACUUCAUCUUCAUCAUAUUAAAGUUACACAGGGCUAUGAUUUGGCAUUGCUUUAGUUUUUAUUCAGCUUUAGCUUUAGUUUGAUUGUAGGAAAAUGUAAAGUUAUGUAAAAAUGUAAACUAGAAACAGACUUAAAGUGUGGUACAAAAACUGCAGUUUUGAUGCUAUACUCCAAGAUGGCAGCAUAAGUGUUUGCAGGUCUGUUAGUCUAAUUUGUUCUUUGUGUGUUUUUAAGUUGUUUUAUGGUCCCGAGGACCUAAACUAGCCAUCAAUUCUAAGCCUGAUUAUUACUUUUAGUUUUUAAUCUACCCGGAUUGGGCGGGGACAAUGGGUCUGAUGUCAUUUUAGCUAAUGUGACCUACCUGCUCAUACUCCUAUGCUUUGCUCACCUGGCAAGUUCAAAUUCAAACUCAACAAACUGUUCACAAUUUUCCUAGUCUUCUGUCAUUCCUGUCCCAACUUUUUAAAAUAUUUUUUGUAGACAUCAGAUUAAAAAAGAGUGAAUAUUUGCAAAAAAUAAAAUAAAAUGUAUCAGUUUGUAGGAUUAGCAAAUUAUUGUUUUCUGUUUUUACUCACAUUUUACACAACGCUACAACUUCAUUGGAAUCUGGUUUGUGCUCUGUGCACAGUUCUGCAAAUCUGAAGAUACUAACCUCUGAACACCCUAUGUCAGAGGUUGUCUCCUACAAUAGAUAAAGUAAUAUUUUUUUCCUUUUAAAACUCUACAUCUGGGAGUUAUAGCACAAGAGAAAAAAGGAGCACAGGCUUGACAGUAUUGAAAAUUUAGCACAGAUCUGAACAUGUUCCAGGACUUGAUGUAUGUGCCAGAAAUGAGCUGAAAGGAGAUUAUUUCAAACUCCUGGAACAAACAUUUCUGCCCUAUACAGGACCUUAAAACCCUCUCAAGGAAGAGUACUACCACUCCUGCACAGUUACAGACAUACAGAGUGGUCUGCUCAGGCUGCAACACUCUUUCAAAAUCUUAUUCACUCAGUACCUGAUUUUAUUUAGGGAUUUACAUUAUCAUCCAAAAUAGCUCAUCCAGAAGAGCUUUAUUAGGUUUCCUCACAUUAUAUCAGGGGAGAGAGAAUUUUUUAUAAGUUUUAAAAGCCCAAUUGGGACAACUGAAUACACUGUGAAGGAACACAUUUGUAGUAUCUCUGUGCCUUUAAGUUUAAAUCAGUGAAUACUUUAUGUUGUAAUAUAAUUAUAUUGUAUUACAACAUAGUACCACUGUGAAGUGUUAGGGUCUCUCUUUAGACUUCCAUCCCUUGAUCAGAGAAGCUAUCAAACAACUCUCUUUAAUCGUAAGAUUUUUGAAACAAUCUCUCCAAAAUAAAAUCCAAUGCUGUGGUCUACCGCUCAAAUAACUAUUUAAGAUGCAAAAAGAGUUGUCAUUCUGGUGAUGUCCACAUCAACUUUCCAAUAUCAUGAACUCCUCUACCAAACAUAGUAACUACACUUACAUGAGACUUUAAAGCAUAAAACCAACGGGGAUCCUCAAUCCUUCAAUUUUGGUUGGACUCAAGGACACAAAGAUCUCAAUAUGGAAAUCUACAGUACUGUGAUCAUCUUGAUGAAUGGUCAAAUUGACCUGACAAUAAUUAAUUUCUGCAUCAGGUCCGUUAACAGAUGCUGUACAUUAAGACAAAUGAAGAUAAAUAGAUUAAGAUAAAUUGAAACAGAUGAUUUUUUUAAACUAAAUCUAUGGGUGACCCUCUAUGUGCCAACCACAAGUGAAGAAAGUGUAGAUUGUGUCACAUUUGAAUGCUGCGGGAUAUCUCAUUUCAGGUUGAUGUUUCAGGAGAUGUUUCUCUACAUGAAGACAAAAUAUUUCAGUCCUUUUAACUUUGUUCAUUAAAAUGAACAUCCAUGACUCAGUCAAAGCACUCAUUAACCUUUUGCAACUCCUCCUCUUUUCUAAUCUUCAGGUGGUGACGGCCAUCAUAGAAUCCGGGAAGAACAUGUCAGCAGAGCAGAAGAAGACAGAUCGCUGCCCUCUUCUCUAUGAAUGGCACAAGAAACAGUACAUAGGUGCUGCCCAUGGCCUGGCUGGCAUAUAUUACAUGCUCAUGCAGGUAAGAGGCUGGAAAAUCACCCACUGGACUUGUGAUGUGAUCUUGUCAUAUUUUGGUCAGUUUUAUUUUUAUUUUGUAAUCUUUGCUUUCAAUACAGUUUGAGUUACUUUAUGUUAAUUGAUUGACGUGUCCUUAUAAAGGAGUUGUCAGCUUUGCAAAACCCUCCAACCCAAUAUGGAGGAGGAGCACAGAAUCCAAAAGCCAAACAGUGAUGACACAGUCAGGCCUACCUUGAGCUAUCUUGCAAAUCCCAACCUCCAGACUUGUGUUAUUAGUAACAAGUUGAACUGCGUGUAAGCAGGGAAGCACCAUGUAGAUACCAGCCACCUGUUUUACUCCAUUGGGAAUACAAUUGGUUCAUGUUUUGCGAACUGCAACUGUGUUCCCCCCUCUCUGGAACCAUGAUAAACUUCACUUGACCCAAACUGCCCUCUCCGGCUGCUUCCAGCGGUGUGUAAAUGGGAUUAGGUAACACUGGGAUUAGGCCUGCUUUAUGUUGCAGCCUCUGCUGUUAGUUUGUGUGGAUGUGGUGUGAGUCGUAGAGUGAAUUUAAAGCACUUUAAGUGAUUAGAAAACCAGAGAAAGUGCUUUAUAAACACAGUACAUUUCUGUUGGAUGAGAAAAUGUCAUAAGAUAAAUAAAUAAUGAUAAAAUGUUCCCAUUAGAUACUGAAGGAUAACUUUAUCUGAGAAGAUAAAGGCUCUACUGAAGUAGGAUGGCAGCAAAGGCAAAUACUGUCCCUCAAAGUCAUCCAAAUAUUAAGGGUAGUUGUAAUUCAGGUAGGACACAAUGUCAAGCUUGGCCCACAGUGAACUGACUGAAAGGUUAUUUGCUGAGUUAUCAGCUCAUAACCAGUCUGCCUUCUCUUGCUGCUUCCUCCACAGUGUCAUACGUAAGUGUUGUCACUGAUGUCGGCUCUGUUCUGGUCUAGAGACUUUACUGCUUCUGCUCUCCCUGCCUUGGCUUUCCAUGUAUGCUUGCACAUGAAACAGAGGGAAGGCGUGGUCUUUGGCAAUAAGUGUAAGCACAUGGAAGGUGCGGGAAGCCCUCAGAACAGAGCCGUACUGUCAAUUAUCACUUAUUCACCCAGGUAAUUUAUUCAUUCUGACUGAAAUCAGAUCCUUUCCUGCUUUUGUUACUUUCUGUUCUCUACUGCUCUGUGAUACAAAAGUCAAGUCUCAAGGUGACGUUUGUUUUUACAGGUUAAAAAUACUGAAACUAUUAAUAUAAAUGAAUUUAAACUUGCCUAUCAAAAGCUCCACUUGAAUGUCACUGGUCAUAAAUUAUAUUCUGGCAAUAUGUAGAAAGAUAAAUGUGUAUAAGUCUUUUCUGAAAAGGUACCCAAAAAGGAUUUAAUAGUUUUUUUCCUUUAUGCCUAUCAUCAUCAGCUUGAACAGCCAUACUGACUACAUUAAAGCUUUUAUCUCUGAGCCUUUUUGUCAGAGCUCCCAUGCUUUUUUUUCCAUUUCUAAAGUUUCAGUAAACACCAGAUGGGUCCCAAAUGUACAUCUCUCAUUUCAGGGAGACAACAGUUUUAUAGAUUAUAGAAACAAACAUAAAACAUGGGUGAAACAUAGUCGACAGUGUGCAAGCCAGCCUUCCAUUAAAGUCAAGGCAAUAAAGCCCAGAGUUACUCAUUUUAUGCAUGAUGUUGAGUUUAAGAUUUAGAGAUGUUUAGGAAUAAGCUGUUUACACCCCUUCAAUCAGUAACUCUCCAGUGAUUCAGCAUCAUUAUUUGGUCAAAGACACAUUUUUCCAUUAGUGGACCCAUGCCAGUACACAGUGCAGCGGGAGACAUUAAUCUGCAGAUCAGUGCUCUAAUGUUGGUCUGAUGUAGAGUCUCACUGUUCUGGGAUGAGAGCCAGCAAGAGGAGCUGAUAACUCCUACGGCCACACAUCACAUCACUGUGCUGCUGACUAAAACAGUUCUUUGGUGAGAUCUGAUCAAACUGUGGUCCGCAAAUCCACCCAGGGGGGGAUAUUUUAACCUGCCUGUACCAUAAAGCAUCGACACGGUGAAGUGUUGUUAGAUUUAUGGGUAACACCUUUAAAUGUGAGCUUAGAUGAACAUCCAAAAAUAGUACAGUUAAAAAGACAGUAUAUUAUUUUUUGGUGUUUCUCCUAGUUUUCCUAUUUUUUCAUUGUUUUACAUAUUUAAAAUAAAAAGUUGUAGAUUUUAUCAAAGCAAAGAUUUGACUGUGCUGUGUCUCUAUUCCAGUACACAGAUGUUCUCAUUAACACACCGAACAUCUUGCUAGAAAUAAAUAAUUCAUUCCUACAUCAGUUUCAGUGUGUGUGUGUGUGUGUGUGUGUGUGUGUGUGUGUGUGUGUGUGUGUGUGUGUGUUUUGAGUCCAUUAAAACCAGUAACAGAAUCUGAGCUGUUUUUCGAGAGCUUCUCCCAGUUUAAAGGGACAGACUCAAAGUUUUUGAAGUGGGUGGUAUGACUGGAAAAUUCUGUCACUGUAUUAAUUUUGCUUUUUGUGGUAACAGUAUUUAUUUGUAAUAUCAGAAAAUAUAAAAUAAUCAAGCAUGUAAGCAUACAACUCUCACUACAACCCCCUCUACCUCUUAAACAAUGCAUAAACUCAACCCUGUCUGUGCCCGAUAGCGGAAAAAGAUGGUUUUAUAAAUGACUGUGUGCUCAGAAAUCCAUACAUGUACCGUAGUUUAUAACAGAAUCUCUGAGAUCUGAGUUUUUAUUGCUUUUCUGCCUCUCUGUUUGGAUCGUGUUAAAUUACUGCUAAAAACAGGCCAUUUCCUGAAGCAAUUGUUAGGGAAUAAAGAUGUAGCCUGCAGAAUUUGAUGCCACACAAUUGUUUCAGGGUUCUUGUAGCCUGCGCUUAAGUACCAGCCACAAUUUGGAGUGAUUUGAACAGAGUGCGUACGCUAUGGGAGCUCUCUUAGUUGACUGAGCUUGUGCUUCACCACUUCAGCUAGAGGUAGGGCUGGGCGAUAUGGCCUCAAAUCAAUAUCACGAUAUAUUGAGCAGUUCACCUCGAUAACAAUGAAUUGAUGAUAACUACUCCACAAGCUGCUCACCCCCUCCCACAUUAGCCGCUACAACUUUUGAACCGUCCUCCAUCUCCUCACCUGUGUUUCCCUCUGGAGGUGGAGUCACGUCUCUGACAUAGGAGAGAGUCUAAAGGGGACAUGAGACCAUAGCCUACCUACACACAUCCAAAACCAACCUUACUUAAUUUAUUUUUUACACCAAAUAUACUGACAAGGGCAAAAUGACAUUGGUUAUUGUUGUAAAUUUGGGUUUUGGUAAAUUUUCGGUUUAAAGCCCAGCCCUAGCUUAAAGUAACACAUAAUGUUUUCAAAUAUACAGUAUAGAAGAAAUGCAUGAUAACUAAUUUUAACUGGUAUCCCUGAGUCUACAAAGCAUUCCACCAAUCCAAAAAACAUUGUCAAAAAUUUCCUCACAAAAGAUUCACACUUUGCUUCAUUCUUGCCCUAAAAAAGCUACUUUCAAGAGGUAACAUUUUCCUUAAUAGCUUAAAGGGAUAUUCCGGUGUAAAAUUAAGUCAGGGUCAAACACGCCGUAACACCGAGUUAGACACCCCCUUGAGAGAUGAAUGUUGCCGACUGCAACAUUCAUCUUUUACAGCACCUAACUUCAUCAUUUAUGAUCAUUACUUAAUCAUUUCCUUGAAGUAAUAAUCACCAUAUUUAUCAUUUUGCACUGCAGAAAGAUGUUUGGUGGCUGGUGCUGUGGCUGGGACCCUAUAUGUACUGUUGAUGAAGUUAGGUGCUGUUCUGAGCAUUAUUUGUGGCUAUAGAGUGGCUUUUUGGUUCAGGUUUGUUUGUGGCUCCUGAGACUGCUGUGUAUUGCUAUCAUGUUGUCGUUACUAAAGUUGGUAUAACUAGAGAAGCAAGCAGUCAGCAACAUUCAUCUCUCAGGGGUGUCUAACUUGGUGCUACGGUGUGUUUGACCCUAAAUUAAUUUUACGCCGGAAUAUCCCUUUAAAUAACUCUGUCUCUCUUCCUAUGUCUAAAUGGGAACGUGACUUAUCCGUAAAUGUCAAUACUGACUUCUGUAUUCAAAUCCGUAGAAGCAUCUUCAUCUGUAAAACCUCCAACCUUUAAAUUGUUCAAUACUAGAGUACACCACACAGGUAUAAAAUUACACAAAACAGACCUCAUUGACUCUGACAAAUGCACUUUGUUGUGCCUGAGAGCAUGCACCACUAAGACUAUGUCGGGUCUAAGUAACAGAUUACCUCUCUCACAUACUGGGCCACCACACCCUCCUGUCCUCCCAGAUCUGCCUAUUGGGACAUGUCUACUUUAAAUAUGCAUCAUCAUACAUCCAUCUUACCAUCACUAAAAAAGCCACCUAUCACUAAAACAGCAAGUUCUCCUCUUGAACAGAAAACCCUCUCAGCCAUACACUGGAAACAUCUUUUAAUAGAUCAUACUGUAUAUCCGUGGACAAAAUGACAGCUUCACUUAUCAAAAAACACACGACUUCAGCAAAACCUGGUCAUCCUAUUCAUCAACAAACUCACUGCUACUGUUGCCUGAUUUCCAACCCACCAUAUGUCCCAAAACAAAGAAACAAUGCUUUUACAUUCUCACUGCAUUUGUGCUCAGACAUAUGCAGAAACACAUACACAUAAAAAACACAUGCACCCACGCACUCUUACACAAGAAAGGGAAAGAAUCAAUAAACAAAGAAACUAUUUUAAAAUAAAAUGGACAAAAGCAUGUCUGACUCUGCUAUGAUAGAUGGUGACUGCCCCCCUCUUACCUUAUAAUUUUGGAGUUGGAGGUCCCAGUUGACCUAUUAUGCAUCAAAACAAACACAUUAGCAAGAGGUGAACAGGUUAUGUUUCGGACAAUGAAAGCUGUCAUUUGUACAGCUCUGUAUUUAUUGUUUAUAGAAUAGGAAAAGUUAAUUUUUUUACAUUCUUUUGUCAUCCAUAGAGGUUUUGUUUACUGGUCAGUUGACUAGACGUGGUUAGGGCAUGGCUGGCUUGGAGCACAUUGUUGCAUAUUGUAGCUGUUCACCAGGAGGCUAAGGCCACUGUGGCUCCUCAACUCAGCUUCUUUCCCUCAAAGCUACAGUUUACUGUCAGGAUUUUAGCAUUGUCAAAAUGAGAGCUAUGAUCAAAACUCUGCUUCAGUGUGAUUGAAAUACUGUGUCUAUUUUUGAUACAGUUUAUGAUCCCAACACUCAAAAAGCCAGAGCUAAAAAAACAAUCAAUCAAUCAGACUUUAUUUAUAAAGCACUUUUCAUACAUAUAAUGUAGAACAAAGUGCUGUCCAUUCAAGCAGGAUAUUAAAACAAUGAAAUAAAAUAAAUAAAAAUACAAAUACCAGACCCCACCCCAACACCCAUUCAACACAUACAGCACUCACGCACAGUAUAAGCAAAGGUGAGGACUCUUCAACUUGCCAUAGAUGACUGAGAAAACUCUAUCUUGAGUUAAAAGAAAUGAUGAAACACUGGAUCUAGGACUAAAACAAUAAAACCAUGAUAAAAUAUAAUAAAGGUGAUAAAGCACUAAAAGUUAAUUAAAUAAAACGGUCUUAAAAUCAAACAAUAAAAGAAAGUAAAUUAAAAAGAGGUAAUAAAGCACAAAAUUGCUACUCUACAACUAAAGUAGGGUAAAAUCACAUAAUGCAGAUUAAAAGGUUGAAACAAAAUUCAGCUAAAAGCCAGACUAAAAAGGUAGGUCUUGAGUUUACUUUUGAAAAUAUGAAUAGUAGUUGUAUUCACCAUAUGUUUUAGUUUUUACUUUGGGAACAAUUAAAAGACCACUACCUGAGGACCUGAGGGCUCUACUAGGUUCACAUGGUUAAAGCAAAUCACAUAAAUAAAAAGGGCCAAGACCAUUAAGAGCUUUAAAAAAAACUAAUAAAAGAACCGUAAAAUCUACUCUAAAAGACACAGGUAGCCAAUGCAGAAAUUUUAAAAUUGGUGUGAUGUGGGCUCUCUUCCUGGAGCAAACAAUUCACUAAAGUGAAGUGAACAAUUCACUUAACAACCACAGAAGAUAACAUGUUAAAAAACAGCUGACCUGAUUGAAUAGUGAGUUUAUCUACGAGUCAAAUUCUGAAAUUAUUACAUUUUAAUUUUCAAAUUAGCUUUUUAAUUUUAAUUCUGAUAACUGCUUGCUUCAAUAAGAGAGACUUUGAGUCAUACAACAAUGCACACGUGUCUCUAAAUGUGAAGCUUUUUUCCUUCCUCUUCCUUCUCCUGUUCAGUGUACUUCUUUUUACGGUUUUGUUUUAAGUAAGCGAGUACUGGGCUGUCAAAGCAGCUCACUACUAGCUGAAUUAACCCUAAAUCUGUCUCUGUUUCUCUCCAGCCAGCAGCGAAGGUUCAUCCAGACAUGCAGUCGGAGCUGAUCCGUCCCUGUAUCGACUACGUCCGCCACAAGAAGUUUCGCUCGGGAAACUUCCCAUCAUCUCUGAGCAAUGAGAGUGACCGGUUGGUUCACUGGUGCCAUGGAGCCCCUGGUGUCAUCCACAUGCUCAUCAUGGCCUAUAAGGUGAGAUCAGAGUAUUCUUUGUUGUCUGUUCAGUGUUAGAGCAGACUCACAUGGGGGGGUAGCAGUAGGCAAGAGCUGUAACCACUGCUACCCCCUACUGUUCUGUUCUUGCCUGCUGCUCUCUCUGUCAAUCACAGAUAUAACACAUGAACAACACUGACACCUUGUGGCAUGACUCUGCACUGCAUGGACUGCACCCUGUGUUCAGCCACAUACAAUAAGAAACACAAAAUAAAAGUGAACAAUUUAUUUGGCUUUAUCUUUGUCAUUGAUGAACUUGUAAGAAUACUGUGACAAAGACAGGAAAAGACACCCCCUCCCCUCCAGAUUAAACAGCAGCUGGUAAAAAGCCUGGAUGUGUGCAUACAGACACAUCCUGCAGUAAUGCACUGAAGGCUAAAUUUUUCUUUCCUUGGCCCAUUAGGGAGCCACUUGGCAGCUAAUGUGCUGCUAUCUUGCCAUUUACAUCCCUCUCACUAAUGCAGAGCCUCUUUGGCACCACACAGAGAACAAAGCACAAAGGGAGAUGCGAUCGCUUAUCUCUGUCCCUCUCUUAACAGAACAGAAAAAAAAAACACGUCUUCCAUUUGUCUUAGCAGCAGGAGCAUUUCAGUGUAAGUGAUCAUUCCAGGUCAGCUCCUACAGCAGUCAUAGACAUUAUCCUCUAUUUAAAGCACUUGAAUUUCUUUUUUAGCCACCAGAUAUCGAUCUACAGUAAGCUGGAGACUUCUUUUGAAACAAGUUGCAGUGCCCACUAAUUGGAUGAUCAAUCAAGCAUUUAGGUUUUCUUUUUAGUCCCACAACCAAUGCUCUAUCAGAGGUAGUACACUCCAAAGCAAUUCAGGAAAUGAAGCGACCCCAAAGCAUGACAAACGAAAUAUCAAAAUUAAAACAUGACAAACAUUUGGUCCAUUGUGCAACAUCUUCCCUGAAAGUUGGACUGCUUACAUGUAUGAAUCAUAAGUUAUGAACAUCAAUAGGAAAGGUAAAAACAUGUAGGGCUGCCACAUUCACCUGUAAAAUAAUAUACUUUGGUAUUAUCAAGCUAAUCACAGAGUAUGGUACACAACCACAGAUGUCUCCAACUCAUGUUUACACCCGCUCCUUUGAGACAAUUUCAGCUUACAGCCCAACGGAAAAAGAGAACCAGCUGAUCAAGAUGAGGCAAUACGAAAAUGUAGCACCAAUAUUCAGUCUGUUCUCGAACACAUUGUGAUAGCCUCAGCUCGAACAAAUCUUACUUUUAUUUUGGAAUUUGCUUAACUCUUCCAUCAUCCAGUUAGUUUCUUUCUGCAUGUUUUGAAGCAUCAACUGACAGUGUGCAGUAUUUUGUCGUCUUGAAUCCCAAUGCUUUCUUUUAUUUCUUUUCCCAAGCAGGUAAUUAGGAAGUCUCUGAAAUCUGUAGAAAGAGCUAAUUGCAGAGCUCACUAGUGCUCUCUUGGGGGUUAAACACCAAUAUUGAGCAGUACCAGUCCAGUGGUUUGACUUUGUAGUUAAAUUGAAUCUCCUCUGUACAGAGACUGUCGCUCUCAAAACAGCCAACGCUGGUUCGCUCCUUCCCUGCCACUCUUUAACAUGUGUUACUCCUGCUCUAUCCACAGCUUAGUCUCUUCUGUAAAAGGAUAAAACCUCCAAAUUAAUAAAGGAAGUUGGGGGUGGCUGGUUGCCAUGGAACCAAUAAAAUGGGAUAAGGUUUGUUGUGUCUGAUUUGUUUUCUUUUUAGUGUGCCUCCUAUAAUGAGCAAAAAUCAUGCGAAAACACAUAAACCAUGCUUCAUUUUAAAAUCGUCUUUUGUAAAUAUGAUAAUGCUCAGCACUGUGGAUGCACCCUGAAACACUGCACAGACUCGAGGCUUCUGUUUCUCUGCAGGCAACAGACCCGAAGCUGAAACACUCGAUCAUGAAUUAAACAAUAACCCUCCUCCAAAUGGGCCUCAUGUGCUGUGAAAAUCGAUUAGAGAGGAGAAAAAAACUUAUUUUUUUGUAAAUUACAAGGCAUUCUGCAGCAGCAGCAGCUGUGCAAAGGGCAGGAAUAUGUGUACAGGAAAGUGUGAGGCAAAGUGAUCAGAAGGCUAGUUUAGGAGUGAGGAUGCAAUUCAAAGACAGACAACUUUAUGAGGUAUGAAACCCAUAUAGAAAUGGGUUAUGCAAUCUGCAACCUUAGGCUUCUGACAUUAUUGAUACAUACAAUUACAUGCGAUUAAUGUGUCACAAAAUCGGAUUUACAGCACAAAUUUAAAGUUUAAGGAUCCUUACAAAUAACCUUUUCACUAAGAUGAAGAACAGCUGUUGUAGUAAACUCUGUGAAGUCUAGGGCUGGGUGAUAAAUCGAAAAUUUACCAAUACCGAAAUUUACGAAAUUUACGAAAAUAACGGAUGUCAUUUUGCCCAUAUCGGUAUAUUCAAUGUCAAAUAAAUAGGUAAAUAAAAGUUGGUUUUGGAUGUGUGUAGGAAGGCUAUGGUCUCAUGUCCCUUUAAGAUGUCGGAAACGUGACUUCACCCAUUCCCUAACAAAGAGGGAAAGACAGGUAUGGAGAUGGAGGACGGUUCAAAAGUUGGAGCGGCUGGAGCAGCUGGAGCGGCGGUUGAAGUAGACAAAGUUAAUGUUGGAGGAGGUGAGCGGCUUGUGGAGUAGUUAUCGUCCAUUUAUCAUUAUUGAGGUGAACUGCUCAAUGGAUCGUGAUAUUGAUUUGAGGCCAUAUCGCCCAGCCCUAGUGUAGCCAGUGGUCUUUGCCAAAGUUAUAUUGAUUUGCAUCGUAUUGUAUUGUAUCAUUGAACACUACCCUUGUGUAAUUUUCAAAAUGCAACCAUUUUUCAGUGAUCAGCUAGAGGGAGUGAAGUGCAUUUUUCCUAAAUUAGUACAUGGAUUAAUUGGAAAGGAGCUGAGAUUUAACUAAUUACCUAAUUGAUAGUAAGGACUAUAAAGUAACGCUGAGUGAGCCGUGUUGGACACAGCAGGUCAGUCAUUAAGCUUUUAAUAACUGACCUCAAAGCACAGGCACAUCCACUCAUUGACACAAGCAACAUUACACAGCAGCUCUACAACCUGCUUCUUCUUUUGCUACUCCUGCUUCUUCUUCCCAGAGCCAUCUGGGACCUCAGUCUGCUGGAGGAGGCUGUCUUUUUAUUAUCUCACCUAAUCAGAUUUCCACUUUGUUCACACUGUGUCUCAGUUUGUCUCAUUGGCUUCAUGUGUGUCAGACAGGUCAUCUGUCAGCUCUUAUGAAAUGGAGCGGCAUGGCUUUACACUGGAUAGGAUUCAUUACCUUCUAAUGAGGUCUGGGCAUGUGGGAACGUCUCGUCCUUUGUGUGGGCACAACUCUUUCCUCCUCCCUGGGGAAAGAUAUCAUACAGCAAGCAGCCUGUCAGGAAGAUGUUUCUCCAUGGUACAGCUUGAUUGAUGCUGACAUUUGUGGCUCUUGCUGGUUGUUUUUGGAAGAGAUGUUGCCCUGACACAUGUUUUCAUGUCAAGGGUGUAAAGAAACAAUGUUAACAGUAGAUAAAGCAGCUACAUAAUCAAAGACUGGCAUUUGAAUUUAACAUAUAACGUAAGUUUCCCACAAUAGCUCAGGUUUGCAGAUGUCUGUCGUAAAUCUGUGCCGCACUGCUGUCACAUUUAAGUUUAAUUACGGUUGUUGUGAGCUCUUCUUUUGUCCUCUUUGACAGGUGUUCAAAGAAGAGAAGUAUUUAAAGGACGCAGCUGAAUGUUCUGAGGUGAUCUGGCAGAGAGGGCUGCUCAGAAAAGGCUACGGGAUCUGCCACGGUACUGCUGGAAACGGCUAUGCCUUCCUGUCCCUUUACAAGCUCACCCAGGAGAAGAAAUAUCUGUACCGGGCAUGCAAGGUAAGAUCAAAAGUCAGCCUGCCUAAAAUAGAUUUUUUCAUGUAAAUUAAGCUAAGUAGUACAUUCUAGAUGCUAUGAAACUACUCAUUGCAAUGUGGAUACAUUCAGAGCUGUCCCGGUCUGAUAUUGAUAUCAGAUAUUGGUCCAAUAUCAGAUAAAAAAACAAAUAUUGGAUUAUAUCGGCCUGCAUCUAAAAUCUCUGGUAUCGGCAAUCCAAUACAAGCAGUCCAUUCUAGAUUCCACUCUGCCACCUCCAGCUAGCAGGACCUCCUGGAUCCAGUAUGCAGAGCCCAUGUGAUCACAACAAAAGUGUGUACUAAGGUUCAAACAAAGUAGCAAGGGGUGGGAGUGAUGUCAGCCGUGUGGCAGUAUUUUUAUAGUCCGAAAAAGACAUUGCAGCUGAGUGCAAAACUUUUCAUACACAAGUUUGUGCCAAUAUUGGAUCAAUAUCAGUAUCGGCCGAUACUGAAGGCUACAAUAUCUGUAUCAUAUCGGAAGUAAAAAAGUUGUAUUGGGACACCCCUAGACACACUACAGAACGAUGUCUCACUUUUUUAUCCCAGCCAUCAGCAGUUUUGCCAAAUAGCUUGUACCACUAUCGUGUUAUAGAUGCCGCUGCCCACACUUACUCUUAGUGGAUGCUGUAGAGUCCUGUUGAAGAGAAAGGGGGCCAUGACUGCGCUUUGCCUGUAGAGGAGAAGGAGGGAGGGUGCACUUCAUUUACUGAAAGUAAUAAAUAAUUGUUCAGUCUAAAUAAAGUCUAAAUUAUUAUAUUUUUAUGAUUGUGGGGGAGCCAUAAUCAUAAUAGAAAUGAAUAUCUGAUAAAUCACUCAGCUGUCGCUGUUAGUGAAGCAGGGUUGGUUGUCUAGGAUUAUACAGGAUUAGCUCUGAUGUUGAUAAGGAGCUCAGACGAUAUUUUAUUUUCAAAUAAACAGACUGCUCAUCCGCUUUAAGUAUGACUGUAUUCAAACUAGUAAAGAUGCGAUCCCUUUUCACAAAAUGAUGAUCGUGCCAUACUAAAAAAGUUUCUAAACACUGUAUCUGUGCCACUGCUGAAAGCGUCUGCUGUAGUGAUCACUGCCUCUAUAUUAUGGUUAUUUUCUCAUAAAGCCUUGCAUAAUUGAGCUCCUGGCAUCUGGCAGAGUCAUCCCUUUUAUUCAACUUAUUUUUUAUAUGCUUUUCAUAAAGUAACGAUAAAGCAUACAAAAAAUCUAAAACUUGGCAUCAUUUAAAAGACAGCUUAGCUACAUUAUAGAUUGUCUGUUCUCUUCAAACUUUGUGAAGGGUUUUAGAGUCAGUCCCCUCUCUCCAUUUCGACUGACAUUUGAAUGUUCUUGGAGCUUGAAAAGAAAUCUCUCCCUGACAUGGUUCUUUGUGUCGGGGGACCUUGCACCAUUUUCUUGUGAUAGCUUUCUUUGAUGCCACUGAAAGUAUUUCAUCCAGACAUCUGUCUUUGCUUUGGAUGUUUUCCUUUUUCAGAUUUCCCAAAUAUAACACCUUACAUGUCCCGUAGCUUUUCUCUUGGUCACUGACCACAUCCCUCUGCGCUGUCAGGCUGUAAGCCCAUCGCCAUGUAAAUGUUGUUUGUAUUCAGUCGUCCAGCAGGACUCCUUUAUUGGUGUGUCUCACCCGCCCACUGAUUUUCUCUUCUGCGGAGUCUUGUAGUGUCGAGGGUCCAAUGCACUUUCAUCCUCUUCAUUGGACUUCAGAAUCCGAUCCUUCUUCUUUACCUUCUGGGACUCUAAAAAUGCGCAUGUUUCUUCCCUUUGUCAGUCACUUGUUUUCUGCAGCCUCUUUGUUUUUUGAGUGCAGAGCUUCUUUAACCGUCAUGUUCCAUUCUUCAAGUUCCUCCAUACGUGUUUGAACCUCUUGAUGUUUUGCUUUUGCUCCUGUAAUUCCCGAUUGGUAGCUGACAGUUUUAUGUCAGUUUUUUCUGUAAAAGUGUUGAAUUCCCACCUCAAGUCAGCUUUAAAUUCUUCUUCAGAUGUUGCAAUGUCGUCUCUUAUGUCUUGAGUUCUCUUAUUCUCUUCGUUAUGCUAGUUAGCUCCUCAUGCAAUGCCUCAACAUUAGCUCUUUGCAUGUGGUUGUCAAUACCUCAUUCAUUUAUACAUUAUACCUUUUUUGUCAAUGAGUUCAAGAUCAUCUGUUAUUUUUAAGUUAUUAUUAUUAUUAUUAUUACUUUUUUUUAUUAUUAUUAUUUUUUAUUUUACCUUCUGCUGGCUGGAACUCUGACCUUAAGUCCCCCUGGAAGUCUAAAGCAGUUAUCUUUAGACCUGGAGGUGGCUUUAACUUUUUAUAACUAAUAAACAGGGUCUGUUUACCUCCACUCUCACUGUCACUGUAAGGAACAAAACAAACACCUUAGAUAAAGGAGAGUAAAAAAACAAAAAAAUGAAACAAAACGAACAAAAAAAAAAAGGAAAAAAUAAAAAUAAAUUCUAUAAUAGGCUCAUGAAUCAGCUGUAUCAGUGCUGUUCAGGUACUGUAACAUCUUUAUAAUGAUGUAAAUGGGACAGAAGAACAAAUUUUGAUUUAAAGAGGAUCCAACUACAACCUGCGCUGAAUUAAUCAUAUUUGUUUUUUGUUGUUUUGACAAUUGCAUGUGAUGUCAAUCUGCAACUAAUUCAUUCUGUUUUAUUCACUUUUUAAUAUAUUUCUCUUUCUUAACACAUUAUGUUGCAUGAAUGUGUUUUUAAAUGUUAUUAUCUCCCUCUAGUUUGCAGAGUGGUGUUUGGCGUACGGGACCCACGGCUGUCGCAUCCCAGACAGACCUUACUCCCUUUUUGAAGGUAACAGACAUUUUUUGUGGCUCUCCAAAAGAUGAACUUAUUACUGCUUCAGUAAUUGAAGUUGCUUGCUUCGUCUGUUCUUGGUGCCUGCUGGCAAAAAUAUAUUUGCUAACAUUUGCUAACGGCACAUCCUCUCCCACCAACAGCCAAUUAAACUGCAUCCUGUAUCCAUGGGAUGUAGUUUAAUCUGUACAUGGAAAAUGAGAGUGCCCUUUAACUAAGGUGUUAGAGAACAAUUAUGGGUGAUUUUGCAGGAUGUACCCAGUGUCUUGAAAGCGUCUGUUUACCUCCACUAUCAUUAUCACAGAAGUCUUUGAAUAUGACAAAUAACUAAAACCAUUACGAUAGAAAAUCACUGCUACACAGCAAUGCCUUGACUUAGACUACCUACACUGUGUGUCCUUAUGCGUUCAAACAAAGCUCACAGAGUUCCUGGAGCUGCUCUCUUUUUAGACAUUUUAAACAAACAAGAUAAUAUACAAUAGAUAUGUUAUUGUUCUAUUGGCGUCCCAAGGCUAGCAAAGUGAGUACUACUGACUCUAAUGAAAUUUGCAAGAUGCAAAGGUGGUGGUGUGUCACAGCUUUUGGACACUGUGUGCCACAGUUCUUGCCGACCAGUGUGCACAAACAACCCACCUUUUUUCAAAAUACAAAAAAAUCCCAAAUUUGCAAGGAAACCAUUAACAGCCUUAAGAUCCUUACACACUGGGGCUGACGUGAAUAUAGAACACGAAAUUACGAAAUAUUCGGAGAUGAAUUUUGACGCACCUGACUAUACACAUCAAGCCGAUCAUGCGAUUUAGCAACUUUCCGCGGGGAAAAAGACGCAUCCCGGGGAAGACUUUUCCCGGGGAAAGUCCCGCCUCCUUCGCCUUUGAUUGGCUAGAAAAGCUGGAAACAUCAUCACACGCUUAAACCAAACAGUCAGCACUUAUAGCCAAUCAGAGGCGAUAAGACAAGCACAUGAAACUAUGGAAUGAAACAAAAUGAAACAAAAAUGACAGCCGUUAGCUUACGUUAGCACAGAUGAAAGUUAAAACAAAGACAUUUAGCAAACUGUUAAAGCAUACAAACUAUCGUCACAUGAGAAAUCCGACGCUAUGACUCUCCACACGUUGUCCUUCAGGUUGUUAUCUUUGUAAUAUUUGAGUUUUGCAUCAUAAAGCACUCUGUUCUCCGAUAUGUAAACAAUCAGCCGGUCGGCCAUGUUGGAUAUACCGGUGAAUCAGACGUCGCAACAAGACGCAAUCUGAUUGGUCCGAAGUGGACACACAGUCUGCAAAACUUUAGAAAAAUCGACCAUGAUCUGAAAAAAUAAAUGCCGCAAUAUCGCAGUACGGGAAAAUGUCGCUGAUGUGAACGCUUGUAUUGACAGGAUACGGGUUUGAAAAAAAUAUUGACGUCCAAAAUAAUCGCACGAAAAAAACGCUCCCAGUGUGAAAGGCCUUCAAGCUAGAUCAACGGAUUUGAUAAUCAAAAGAAGUAUUGUUUGCCAAUAACUUGUUUUUUUCUUUAAAAUAAGUCUCUGUGCCCUCAAAUUCAGUCUAUUUUUACUUGCUAAUGACUCUGUCAGAUGUAAAAUGCCUACAAUUUAUCAGAUGUGACUGACAAACACAAUUGGCAACCCACACCCCACAUUGUUCUGUAAUACAAACACUAAAGCUCUCCACCCUCACUGGAGCAUCAGAGGAAAAUGCCAACUUUGAUUCUGAUGAAUCCAGAGUAACGGAUGUGUUUUUCCUCUCAGGUAUGGCAGGGGCCAUCUACUAUCUGUCAGAGAUAGCGCAGCCUGAAGCUUGCUGUUUCCCUGCGUUUGAACUCUGACCUGCGAGUUGAUGGGACUGAGGAUGAUGAAGGGGGAGGAUGUGUUUGUGUGGCAGCAUUCAACCUUGGAUUUCAGAAUUAGCCAUAAUACAGAAUGAGUUCAGUGUUUGUGGUUUGUUGUAUAAAUUUUAAAUAUGUACAUAGAGAAGAGGGGGGGUUAUUUUCAGACAAGACAGGCUGAAUGUUGUCAAGCUGGCAAAAAAAAAAAAAAAUUUAAGUCGCUGGUCUGGAAAAACAAGAUGAUGACGAUGGCUGUUACUCCUCUUGAUAAAGGACUCUUCAUCCUGUGGUACAUAUCAGAAAGGAACGAUUUCAUCCUCUCAGUGUGGAACAAAAAAAUACAGUUGACACCCUCAGCCUUAUCGUAGCACCUACGCAAGAAAGAGGGUGUAUGUGUGAUAGUGUGUGGAUGUUUGUGUGUAUGUGUGCAUCUGUAUAAGUGAACUAUACUGUUUUGGUAUUUCUAUGCCUCUGCAUGCUCACUGUAUUGGCUCUCGGUGCCUCAUAUGCUGUCAGUUUAGUGCUUUUUAGGUGUGCUCUUUCAGUUCUUCAAGUAUUCGUCACACGUCGGGGACAGAUUCUCUCAAAGUACCCUUUAUAAGAUCACCAGACUUUUCUCAAGUUAAACAUUGUAUCAAUGUAAGUUUGGUUUAUUUUGUUUUGUUUUUAAUGGAAUGAGCUAAGUUGUUCAUUUUACAAAGAGAUCAUAAAGCUUUUGGAGGCUCAGAGUGUUCAAUUUCUCAUUAAAACUAAUCUUCUUGCUCUUUUUGAUUUAAACAUUUUGCUUUUAGGAGGACCUUGCUGUUUUUGGUAAUGGUUUAAUAAUUAUUAAUAUCAAAACCAACCAGUAUUUCCAUGAACUUAGACAGCCAAUGAAUGCACACAAAUAUCCUGCAGAGGUUUGUUAUGAAUGUCUCCAACAGACACACACAUUUCCUUUUGUGACAUCUCUCUCAUGCAGUGUCUUCUUUGACUGGUCCUUAAGUGUUUGGUGGUAAUUUGUAAUGGAGUGUUUUACAUUGAUCACUGUCUGUGUAUUUGAUUUCUUUGUUUCCCUAUUAAACUCCUGAGCUGCAGCAGUGCAUAGUCG